GUCUCUGAACAAUAGACCGUACUGAGGCCUAAAGGGCUGAGGCUUGUGAAGCAAAGAGAGUUUUGAAGGCAGACCAAAAAUGUACCCUGGGACUAUAAAACACAGGCCAAAAUUCAUCACAGAGUUUUGCUGAGAAAUGGUGCCAUUGUUUAGAAAACCUGGACAGUUUAAACUCCCUCAGGCAGCAGGUAAGAGUAUGAAACCAAAACACAGUACAGAGGGAUCCAUCUGUUGACACAUCACACAUUCCUGCUUGUUUGUUUGUUUGUUUCCCUGUGGUGCAUAAAAAUUAGCCUCAUACAUUUUAUUUAUUGUCUAACAAAAUUCUAUGUGGCAGGAUCUUACUUUUUUAAAAUUAUCUUGCCUUGUCUCCAGGUGUGCUGCUUCUUCCUGCAGGAACAUUCUGGAAGGAUCUGUGUGAUAUCUUCAAAGUAAGUCAGUGCAACCAAAUUAUUUGAUUUUGUUGUGAUGGCAUGAUUACAGACAAUAAACUCUAAAACUUUUUUUUUACUUUUUUUUAAAGGAGAGGGCUACAUUUCCUGAAUCAAACCUAAAAUAUGAAUGUAGUGUAACCUUUAAGAAAGUAUGCUGAUUAUGUAUGGAAUUUUACUCAAGCAACCAAGAAUUUGGGAGGGAAUCUAGAUAAUUUAAAUUUACCCUUAAUCCCAUGAUUCACAAAGCAUGAUGUUGGUUCAAGAUGCAUGCAAAGGAAAUAUGAGCAGAUACAGAAAACACACCUGGAAAAGAGAGAGCAAAAAAUUAAAAGGGAAGCAAGCCUACAAAGACAAAAAUAAUGUUUCUUUUAUUUUAUUUUCACUUGAUUAAAGAACCAGGAAAGAUAUAUAUAUAUAGCUAAAAAACAAACAAACAAACAAACAAACCCGGGGGGGGGGGGGGGGAAGCUAUCUAUCAUUCUUAGACAUAAACACAUAAAGCUGAAGCACAUAAAAAUAGUAUGUUAAGAAAAUACAGUAUAUCAAUUAAAAUCAGCAUCAUCCAAGAAGAUAAAUCCAAGCUAUUAGAUUAAUUAUGGCAGGUAUAAAUCACUUCAUGAAAGGGAAUCUUUUUGAAAGCACAGGAAUAUCGCUUUAAAUUGCCAGAGGGAAUUUCUCUCUAUACUGAGAAUCACAUCGAGGGUAUCAUCAAACCCUUUGGGGAGCGAGUUCUGAAAAACAGGCAUACAUAAUUCUUGGAUAUAUCUUCAUAUAGGUUAUCUGUGGCUAUGAGUGCCUCCUCACCCCCAAUGUAAUAAUAAAAAGAUUGACUUUCUUUAAUAUUUGCUAUCAUGCAACCCAAUGCUAUGCAUGUUUGCUCAGAACAAAACUCCACUUCCUAGUAAGUGUGCCUCAUAUUAUUCCUAAAUAUAUUAUCUAUUGCAUUGCAGCAUCGUUAACUCUUGGGAAGAUUCACUAUGAUUGGUUUUGAGAAAGUAUUAUUUGUGCUAAUAUAAUAUUUACACCAGAUAGCAAUGGCUGCAGUUCAGCAAAGCAAUUUCCUCAGUUCCUGAGGCACUAUGAAGUACAGACGCAGUUUGCAAUGGCAUGCACCGUGUCCUUUGUGUGCCAGCAUGAAUGCAUGUGACUGGCCCACCAGGGACCAUAGCUGGGAGCCAAUGCUGGGAGCCAAGAUGAGCAAAUAAAUUUCAGUGGCCCCAUAGAGUGGCCACUUCAUGCAUCACCCAAAAAUGACACUGAUUUGCAUAAAACCUCCAUAUGCUAACGCAUGCAUAGGCACAGAUUUGGAAAUAAUGUAUAUCAUUUACACAGAAAUACAUCUCACCAUAGCACGGAAGACUGUUACCUUGUACCUGCUCGGUCUGAUGUUUGUGUCUAAGUGCUAACCGUUGAUAGGUGUGGGAUGUGAAACACAGAGCAGUCAAGUACAACAUCCCAAGAGUGGGCAUAAAAAGGGGGUGUCUGGACCAGCCAGUCGGAAUUUCCUGUUUCCUCCUAGGCUGGGACAGACUUCCUCUACAUGUGACCAGAGGUGGGUGUGGCCUCACCUGUGCAGAUAACAAAAGCAUAGGACUGGCCACCAUCUCUCUCUCUCUCUGACUACAUUCAUCGAAGAAGCAACAUCUGCUUAGCCUAAGAUGCUCUCUUGGCUUCCAGCUAAGAGGGGACAAAGGGACUAUCUCUUUAUGGGAUAGAUUCCAGGUAUAUUACUUUUGUAACUUAAGUCUGCCUUCUGGGAUCCAUCUGUGAACAGAAUGAGUGAGCGAGUAAACUCUUUUUAUACUUUUAUAGAAGAUUGUGUCGUGUCUAUUUCUUUUAUGAGGGACUAAAGGGGAAUUUACCAGGUAACUUAUUUUAGAGGCUUUAGAGAGCCUGAGCAAACACAUCCGCUGUGCAAGUUUAAAAAGGGGAAUGUUACUCUGCUAAAUUGUAGAACUUGUUAACACAAGUUGGAAAGGAUAUAAUCAAACAAUAUAUCAUCUCCUGCCUCCCUGAACAUUCCCACAAUAAGCAACUUCAAGGAACCCUGCUCUCCUUUCUUAGGGUUCUUUAUCUUCAAACAAGGCAGCAAAACCAGCUGUACCAGAGUGUGACACCUACAGGAGGCAGACCCUAGAGGAUGGCGCCUGCCCCGUGUCCGCUAAGCUUUCCUGCUGUGCUCGGGUUCCAUGAAGAAUCCUGUGCUAUUGCCAGUGUUGAAGUAAACUCAGCUGCCAAACCGUUCAGUUUCUGUACAUGAAAUGCAGGGAGGAGGCCAUUUUGUCAUUUGCCUCAGGCAGCAAAAUGUAUUGGGCCAGUCCUUCACAGAGGACUCCUUCAAAUAGAAGAUUGUCUGCUGUAAAGUAGGAUACAUGACCCUUUGGGGAUGGCAUUGGGAAGAAAAAGGGGUUGUUUAAAAAUUUGGCUACGUUGAUAACAAUAGGUGGCUUUUCCAUUCAUUGCCUUUCAAGAUAUCACAAUAACAGUUGAGACACCUUUCAGUAGAAAGCUUCUUUCCAGUAUUAACCAACCAGUCUUUGCAUAUACCUGACUGCAUGGAGUGACCUUUUCAAAGUGCUUGAUAUGCCCAAAAGUAGGAGGCAAGAGCAGGGUAACAAUCAGCAUUUGAAUGCCUUUUGUUAUUGCCAUUCUUUGAUAUUGACAAUAUGCUUUGUCUGUCAGCCUCACACCUGGGAGUUCUGCCUAUGCCAAUGACUAAUAGUGAUAUAAUAGCAUAAUAAGGGGCAAAGAUUGGAUCUUUCCUGGCAGAUCUAAAAAUGAAUUUCAAAAGUCAGCUUCUCAGACGUUUGUCAUUUCUCUGUUUAUGAAUGACUCUGAAAUUGAAGUUUUCUGGAAGCAGUGAAGAAAACCUGGCAAAUGAGCAGUUGCCACCUUUCAAAUUAUGUGUUAAGUGGUUCACACUUAGAUCCCAUUGCUCUCUAUCAAAUCUCUGCAGAUGAAUCUUCAUACAUUAUGUGUAAUAUCCUGCAAACCUGUGGUUUCCAACCAUAAGGAAUCUGCAGUGCAUUAUAAUCUCUGAUUCCUCCUUGAUAUCUCAUUACGAGGAGAUAUCAAGACAAAUGCAAAAUAAUAAAUAUCCUUGAAACCAACUGCUUUUUGUUUUGCAAUCUAAUCUUAAAUAUGGCCAAGAUCAGAAUAUUCCUCUUUGCUGUGAGUCUUGCACCCCACCCAACCUCAAUGGUGCUGCUAUCAGGAUUAGCUCUGGGCCCAUUCCAAAGAUGAUGAGGUUCCCACCAGCUCUGCACUUGGUCCCAACAGUGACAGGGUAAAGCCUUCCUGCACAACUUCCUUUGCACUAAAGCAGAAGUGGGGAACCUGUGCCCCUCCAGAUGUUGCUGGACUAGCACUUCCAUCACCCUUGACCAUUGGCCAAACCAGUGGGAGCUGAAGUCCAGUAACAUCUGAAGAACCACAAGUUCCUCACACUUACUCUAAAGUGCAGCAGCAGGAGGAGAAACAUGAGCUGCAGGUUUAGCCUAUGACUUACUGCAUGCAAAAUCUAUACUGUGACGCCUUCUACGCAUCCCAACAGAGUUAUUUAAAAAUAAAACGCAGAGACAUAUUUUCUUCCAAGUUUUUUAAAAAAUCACUUUCUAGAUGUACUUCACAGGGUUUAUUUAAAAAAAAAAAUGGCAAGAAAACUUGCUAUAUCAAACAGCUGUCCAUGUGGGAUUUGUGGGUUUUUAUGGAAGGGGUGCAUAACUUCAGUUUUUCAGUUUGAACAUGAAUUAUAGUUAGUUUUAACUGACUCUAGUGUUGUUAUUUAUGAUUAUGUUGUUUGAUUAUUAGUACUAAUCACUUUCUACAAAACCCAGCAGAUUUUUUUAUUUUAUAACGGUACAAAUUAGUCAUCCACAGCAGAAACACACUGCAUUAUAUUUGAUAUAUUUGUUUUAUUUCUCUUUAACUUUGUAUUCUGGCCUGGUAUCUUUGUAGCUGCAUGGCUAUCUAGAAGAACUUUUAUAAAUCUUUUUAUUUUAUAUAUUAAAAGAUAAAAAUAUAUAUUCAAAGGCGAUAACCAUAAACUUUGUAAAUAAAAUGUGCAUUUUGACACUUACAUGUUGAGCAUAUUGUGAGCAUCUUCUGUGAAGCACCCAGUGCAGAAUUCACAGGCUACAUUCAAGGGGCACAGAUAGCAUUUACAACUACCUUCAAAAAGUUACUUUUCUCCAGAAAUCUUGUGGUAUCCAGCCCUGAAUAUACCCAUAGGUUAUAUAUUAACUUCCUUUUGCCUUGCUGUCACUAUAUGAAGUAAUUUGGAAUCCAAGCUGCUAGAGACAAGUACACAGAUCUGCCAAAGAUAAAUAAAUAAAAUAAAUAUUUUUUUAUUUAUACCCCUUCCUUCCCGGUUCAGAAAACUGGGCUCAGGGCGGCUAAUAACAAAUUUAAAACACUUAAUUGAUGCAACAAUCAAUUCAUCAAUUCAUCUCAUAUCUCUUCGCUUGUAUCUGUGAUAUAAUCUUAUACGGACAUAUGAGAGUAGAAACAACCUCUGUGGCACACUUAUCAGGUGGAAAUAUCUCCUGAGUUCCCUCUCAGACCAUCCGGCUAGCAGUUUCUCCACUGACUGGUACAAAGCUGCCAAUGUCAUACACAGCACCUGUCCUGUCCUGUUUUACUUUGUCAGCAAAGCGGAUCAGGUUGUUUCUGGCAUUUUCACAGCUACUGAGCCAUCAUUACUGGAAAACUUUGAAGGUUAUUAACUAAGCAAUCUGAAGGCGGCAGGGGAUGUGGCAGGGCAGGAACCAAGUUGUAGUGCAUCUGGCAUAUCCAGCACCCUGCUGGGAUCUUGCUGGCACUGCAGGUGGAACAGGACAAGAACAAUCCUCUGUCCUUUUCCAGUUCGUUUUCUUUUUACAGUUUUUUCUCCCACAGGGAAAUUAAAUUGGAUAAACUCACAUGGUCCAACAGAGCCAUUCAAAUCCACAUUAUUAUUACAAUAUGGUGACAGGUGUGAUGACUCUGCCAUAUCCGAGUGCAGUAUUUCAGAGUUCAAAACAUGGGGGGAAAUGGAAUGAAAAAUACUAGGAAGGAUGCUGAGAAGAUGCAGCCAUUUUUAGCUUCAGCAGAUGUAACUUCAGCUUUUCAAAAGUUAAGAAGCAAUCUUUUGCCAUCUUUGCCGCUUCAUGAUAUUGACGAUCAGGAUGGCAAAACUGUAACUGUCUAGGUGAAACCCUGACAAUUGGAUAAUCCAAGUUGGAUAUCUGUGAUAUGUAUAGCAAGUUCAGAGAUGGACAAAUCUGUUAAUUUCAGUUUCUCUCAGCUUCACGUUUUUCCCAAUCUUAAAUUCAGUUCACCACACUCCUACAUCAGUUUGUAAGAUUUUUAAGUCCCCAUGAAAUUUUAUCAGCAUUUUAGUGCCCAUUUCUCCUCAUAUCCAAAGUUUUGUAUGUUAUUUUUGCAUUUUUGUAUAUUAUUUUCACUAAUAUAUGCAUUUUGUGCACAUUUUUUUUGGUUGGAAAGCUGCAUGACAAAAUUCAGAGAUGUGCAAAUUUCAGAGAGUAGCUGUUGAUGUUUCAGAUAUUGGUUUGGGGAAUUGCGCAUUAGGUAAAUCUGCAUUGCAAUGUGAAUCAAUUCAAACUUCUCCUCCAUCUCUAGCAAGUAGCAUCAACUGCCACUUGGUGGUCUGGACAUUAAUACUGACUUUUUGUAGAAUGCAGCAGCCUGAGAUUUGCAAGAAAAAUAAACAAGAUAUAGUGCGACAUUGCUAAGAUUUUUUUUAACUUGGGGACCUUUCUUUCUCUGGGAAAUUCAUGAUCUUCUUUUCUGUUUGUAAAGCUAAUGAUAUCUUACUCCUCAGAGGAUGGAAGACUUACGUUAAACUCUAUUUCAAAACAUUGCCUAAUCUUGGGGCACAAUCUAGGACAGAGUUUGGUUCAUGCUCAGGUCCCUUAAACACUUUAGACACAGAAUAUCUUGCUUGCUGACGUAGAAUAAAACAUGUUAACAAGCUAUCUGUUUUUUAUGUUAACAAGCUAUCUGAGAGUCAGGGCAAGUUCUGUUCUUUGUACUGCAAAUCUCAGCCGUUAUAAAACCUAGGCUGUAUUUCUUAAUCAUAGCAUGCCAAUGGCUUAUAUCUUCACUAUAGUAUAAAUUCCAUUCAUGCAAACAUACAGCCAAUAUGAAGGCAGUGCUUCGUGUCCCUAGAAGUCCUGAGAAAUGUUCUACCAAUGCAACCUUUCUUUUACUUAACAAAGUAUGUUUCUGGUGCUUACGGUGAGUAAUCACUUGUGGUUUUGACUAUGAUUUCGUAACCCUCAUGAGAAUGAACAUUCAAAAAUGACAACAGCCCAGCUUCCAGUCAUUGCAGGAAGCUAGGCUGUAAUGAAGAAAACUACAGCAUUUGAAAGAGAGAGAAAAUGGUGUAAAGAUACUAAAAAGAUAAUGUGUGAGAGUGAGAUAAAAACACUAGAUAUGAGGAUCAUCCGGUAAAAUCAAUGGGCAAUAGGUACAUACAUGUGUGAGAAAGUUUAUCAACAAUAUCAAAAUACUAUUGCAGAUGGUCCUCUUUGCAGACAUCUUUAGAAAAUCGCAGUGAAUGUUUUGAGCUGCUACUGCAAAGGUGGCAACCUUGUUUGUAAUGGUUUUAUUGUGGUCUGUCAACAGAUCACAAAUAAUACCAGUCAGGGUCCAGCCAGCUCUUGCUCUCAAAAGGUCUCCCCAAAAGAGCUCUGAGAUCUCUAUACAAAGGACGAUGCCAAUGAUAAUGCAUUACGUCUUCCACCUCCCCAGUACCACAAACACAUGUCUGCUGAGUAUAGAGGAUCCUUUUAUACUUUUUCCUCCAAAUAGGUUGAGGCAUUGUUUGGAAACAAAGGGAAGUAAAAGCUUUUCUAAGGGCAACAAAAGUUAGGGAAGUUAGAUCUUGAAAGUACUGUUGAAAAUAUUGCUCUCUUUCUAAUAAAAUAAACCAAAGGUAAAACGCUUGGAGUUGGCUAGCAAGAAUCAGCUUGGUGAGAUGGACAUUGGAGGCCCUAUUUUAGUGUGAUUUUGAUCCCAAUUUGAGGAUUGGUUUCAGAUAAUAGCAUUGGAUGAUGAUCUGUUGGCCAUCUAGAGAUUCAGCUGUUGUGUGCUGCAGGGACUAUCUAGUCCCCAAUGCUAUUUAACUUCUUAUGAAGCUAUUGGGAGCAAUUAUUAGGAAAUGUGGGGUGAGGUGUCAUCAGUACACUCUAUCUCUCUGUAACAUAUGAAUCAAGCAAGGCCACUGCCUUGACUUGGUGGUGGGUUGGAUGACAGCCAAUAAACUGACCCUGAAUCCUGUCCAGAUGGAAGUGUUGUAGAUGGGCAGUUCCUGAGUGAUCAGUUGCCUGCUUUGAGGGGUUAUCCUUCCUUGAAGGAGUGGAUUCAUUGUCUGGGAGUGCUACUAGAUCCAUCACUGGCACUAGAAGUUCAGGUGAUCUGUGGCUAGGAGUACCUUUCACAGCUGGCACUCAGACAACAGACUGAGCAGGCACAUAGUCUGGUCACAUAGUUCCACACCGGUGAGAUAUAUUUCUAUUUGAAUUAAAGCAAUUUCUAAAUUUGCAUCUCAAUUUGCAGCCUCUUUUGUCCUCUUUGUAAUGCAUUUUCUCCUUUUUGUCAUAAAUACGUUACCAUCCUUUGGUCUAAUCACUAUUAAAGUUCAGUGUGCAUAUCUUUGAUUGUUUUUGAAACCAAGCAUCUAUUGUACCUACAAGAGGGUUGGGAUCCUACAGCCUAGUAUAAAAUGAACCAUUUUGCACUGUGUGCAUUUGAAAGUCAGUUCCUCCAAGAAGAUUCUUAGCAGGAGUCUGCAGGUUUCUGUAAACAAUAGUUCUGCUUUUAUGUUCAUACAGUAUCCAGAUGCAACAUCCAGUUUAAACAAUGCUUGAUGUAUGGUCCACUGACCAUUUGUAGCAUCUCAAACUCUUUCAUAAAGCACCUCAAAUCCUAAGCAACUUUCUGGAAGAAAAGACAAUUAGCAAUUGCCUUAAUUUUCUGCAAGUUGCUAACUUUUGUCCUCUUGGCAUUUGCUUUUUUUUUUUUUUUUUUUUUGCAAUUAAUAAGUGGCUGUAUCAAGAUUGAUUUUCUGCAAGCCGCAAACUGCAGUUGGUUCUCUUGUGUGGUAAAAGCAGAUUGCUUCCUUUAUUGCAGGACUUUAUUGCAGGCCUCCAUUAUACCAGGAGGAAAGGAAGGCAGUAUUGAUGCAGUUUUUUGGGGGGGUGUGCUUGUUUUUAACCGCUUUCAGUCUUAUGUCAGGGGCCAAAACCAGUUGAUAUUAAUCAGAUUUAAAAUUAGGCCGCGGUCCAGAUUCAGAGUAUGGCGUGUAGUUGCUGGUCUCCUUCCAAAAAACCCUUGAAGAAGAGGUGAUUUUCAGCAGGAAACUGGCACCCAUGCAUCAUGCUCCCGAUCUGGAUCAGGUCCCUGUGGGGCUACUUCUCCUUCAGAAUAAAAGUAGUAGCAUUAACCAUGCUUUUAAAGAAGUGUGCUUAAUGUUAUUUGUCGCUUUCCUCUUGGAGUGUUAGAUAUUCUCAAAGCACAGCAUCAAAGUUGUCAAGAAUAUGCAUGUGUAUGACCUUAGGUGCAUAUAUGCGUGCAUACAUCUGGCUUAAGAGAAAAUAUUGUUUAAGAAAACCUGUGAAAGAUCCAGGUACAUCAUCUUGCAGCACAGGAAGGAGAGUGUCAGUGGAUACCAGUAAGGAUACUGUACUUAGAACAGAAGAGCAAGUGCCUAGGUUAAAUACCAUGAGUACUAAGAAGUAUGGUGCAGGAGCAACUAUGAUUCUACAAACCAUCCAAAGAGAGGGAAGCAGAGGGAGCUCUGUGCUCCUGAAUUCUACUGGGAUGCAGCUGCUCUGCUUCUAGGCUGCAGCCGCCGCACUUACCAUGAAGCAAUGUGAAGCAAUGGAGAGGCAGAUCUCAAAAUGGUACUAGUUUCUUGUGCCUACAUAUGUGUCAGGGAACUGCCAUCGGAGCUAGAGGCGGAGGGAAGGCUCCAAAGGGAUGCAGGAGAGGGUCCCAGUAGGAAGAGAGGCAGCCCAUCUGCUGGGGAAGGAAAUCAGCGUAACACCAGUGGAGAAGGGGGGCAGGUGGGGGAAUUGGGGAGGAGGCUCCAAGACUCUUCGCUGGAGACCAGCGGAGAGAGUACGGGUACUCCGCUGCCCACACCCUCCCUGCGCAGAAGACUUCCGUGCAGGGAGAGUAGGAGGAGACUUGGCGUCAAACAACUUUUAUGCUGGAAAAGGUUUAAGAAACGCCCACUGACGGAUUCUGCCAGCGACUGAGACAGUCACGAUGCUGGAGGCUGUUCAGUCAGAAAGGGUUAACCAGGUAACCUAGCCAGGAGUGGCGGCAACUUACGCACGAGCAACCCCUAAACCCAUUACAAUAUGGAAGAAGCAAUACUGUCUGCUUCCUGUUUAUAGAAAAUGAGAACCUGGGCGCAGGGGAGGAGGAGAUUAUUUUCAUGAUUUCCUGAAACCUGUCAACAAGUUUUGUUGGUACUUUGGCAUGGCAAACCAGAAAACAACAUCAAGCUGGGCUGGCUUAGCACACAUCCUGUUUGCAAAAUGUGGGGUUUUCAAAGCACAGGAAGCACAAAACCUCUAGUUUCAGUUGUCUCGGACAGUCUAUGACCCAGAUUUGUCCUUUUUUAACUUCUCAGUUUCCUUUUUAUUUUUAUAUUGAUUUUCAGACAAACACAACACAGGAAUCCCCUCUCCCUGCCGACAGAUGAGUACAGCACUCCGUACUUGAAAAGGGAUGAGUUAAAAGCUUGUCAAGUCCUAUUGCCCAACAAAUAAAAGUUUAUUUCCACAAGUCACUUUGAGAUGCUGGAACUCUUCUUUUGUCAAAACUGCAUGAAAUUUGUCUGAUCUCUUACUGGGUUUUUUUUUAUUUUCAUAUUUUCAUUGUCAGUUUUCCCAUAAGAAUUAAAUCCCACAAUUGUUGAAACCAUGUUUCCAUCAAGUUAGUAUUUAACUAUCUCCAAACCUUAGCUAUAGUUAGUCUUGUUGCUGUCAUAAGAUGAGUAAUGAGAUCUUUUGGAGUGAGAUCUUGAGCUUCUGAGUCCUAUAUUGAUUGAAAUAUUUCCAGGGAAAUGUUUUGAGUAGGGUUCAGUUCAUCCAACAGCACUGGGUUGGUUAGCAAGACCACCUUUGGGAAAGAGAACUCUGUUCCUGCAACAGUUAGCAGCAUUUGUUUGGGUGAUCCUCCUUAAUAAAUUUGUCCUUAAAAUUAAACAUCUUAAUCUAAUUUUUAGUUGUUUAGUUGCAAUUCCAAAGGUCCAAGGGUCAUGGGUUCUCCCUUAAUAGAUGCAUUGGCAAAUGUGGGAGGGGGAAGAAGAAAGGAAACCUAUAAUGUUCAUCAUUUCUACAAGUUACAGGAUGUAUCUGGCUAGUCCCACCUGCCCCAUCAAGAAGCAGCUGGGGAGCAGGGGUGGGUUUUGAACUGGGUUGAAUGGUGGGAAAUCCUCUUUCUUCUGCUGCAGCCUAUAGAAAUCUAGGGGCCUGUCCAACAUGGACCCGACCAAUGUUUUCCAGCAUUUGGUUCAGCCCUGACCGCCCUUUUUGCCACAAUGUGUUACUCAGAUUGCCUUGUUAUGAUGUGGUCGCUAUGAAUGCAGAGAUGGCCCCCACUUCUCAGGGCCAGGAAAGGAUGUUACCUGAGAUCCCAACUGGUGGUUGGGAUUUGCAGGGGUGAGGUUGCCUUCCUUAUAGUAUUUUUGUGGGCAUAUAUAGUUACUCUGUUGCCCCUGCAGGGUGGUGGAUUCUUCUAUAACUAUCCUACUCAGAUGCAGGCAGAAUCUUUAGUAAAGAAGGAGUAGGGAUGGGCUUCAUAAUCCCUCACAUUGUGAGAGGUCUCAGGGACAACAGCCGUGAGAGUGCCAUCCACUUUCAGAAAGGUGGCCUCCUGUUCACCUUUCCAGCACAACCCAGCAGAUAGACCCGGUCAAACUUUUUUCUCACAGCACCUGGGACGUGAUCUUCGCUUGUGUCAUGUGUAUGUUGUUUUCCUCUGUCCUUGCCCUGCUCCCACUUGCUGGCACAAACGAUAAACAACUCUGCAUGGAGGUAAUCAAGGAGGAGAGAAGAUGGUAUUUGUGAAUUGAAUGUAAAUGACGUACAGACAUAUUUCAGCAAUGUCUUUAAUCCUUGUUCAAUAGAUUUAUAAAAAGCCAAGAACAAAGGCAUUAAUUAGAAUCAAAGAACAGGGCAGUUUUGCAUUGUUUUGGAUGUGAGGAUUUCAAUUGUGAAAAAUAACUGUUGAUGCUUAGCACAUUUCUAAAUAUAAAAAUCACUGCAGUACUUUUUGUUUUGAUACUCUGGCUCUCGGCAUAAGAAGAACAAACCCACUGUUUCUCAAGCAGGGACAAAAUGCACACGAUAAAAAGGAAAUAAUGAUGAAGGGGUGUGAGUGAGUGAGAGUUUGUAAAAUGGCUUUGGAAUCAAAUCCCUAACACCAUCUGGUAAGAUUAUGGCAGUAUUCAGAUGAUUUUUUCAAAAUCUGGUGGCAGAUUAAUACUUUGAUACUGACAGCACAAUCCUACACAGAAGUAAGGCCAUUAAGUUCAAUGGGCCUUGCUCCACAGGUUAAAUGUGUAUAAGCCUGCAGCCUGACCAUGCUUCUUUGCACAUGUAAAUGCCCACCCAGUAUCCCAUCAUGAAAUACACUUUCCCCAAUCCAAAUCCGGAAUAUGAUUUGAAAUGGCUACAGCAAUUUUGGAUUCUGCAAUCAUGGCCAGUCCUACCAUUAGGCACAGUGAAUUGGCUGCCUCAAGAGGCAGUUGCUGGGCAAGCAGCACCAAGACAGUGGAAGGCUGACCUACCAACCCUACAUCCAGCCCCGCAAUAGCCAGAUGCCCUUAGCUGCAGAGGUGAACAUCAGUGUUAAGUAAGAUUUAACAGUCAGGCCAGUUGGCUUUUGUACAUAAAAUGAUUGACACAUCUCAUCCCUUGACUCAGGUAGCAAAAUGUCCUGGGUCAGCCCUGUCAACUGUGUUAUAGCUGGGGGAGUGGGGUUCACACAUUCUGUUUUUGGACGCAAUACAAAAAUGAAUAGCUAGAAGAUAAUUGGGUAGCAUUUUUGGCAAUUCUUGGGAGUAAUUGGCUGGAUACAAUGCGCUUUUAUAUCCAACACCAUAAGCAGGCUUUCCAUAAACAAAAGCCAGUUCUCUCUGAUCUUCGUCUCUUUGGGAACUACUGCUACCCUUUGUUUUGAAGAUAUUCACUAGGGCAUAGUUAGUAAGAGGGAGAAUUUGAAGGCUGUGGUGCCACACCCAUGCAAGAAGAACCAGUGUUUCUUCCUAGCACUUCUGCUUUUAAAAUAGAAAUAAUGUGUAACUGGAUUUAUUAAUUUUUAAAAAUAAGCCUACUCAUGGAAGAAGGAAUUAACUCAAAUUAAACUGCAGGGCCGGAUUAACCAUUUUGCUAAGUAAGCCAGGGCACAGAGAGCCCCAGUUGGCUUCAGAGUUAGUCAGAAUCUAUCCCACUGUAGAGGCAAAGGAGGAGAGAGCUGCCCAAAGCAGGCGGCAUAGGAACCAUACAUUUAAAGCACUUUUUUGCCUCAAAGAAUCCUGAGAAUUGUAGUGUAAGGGUGCUGGGGUAAACUACAGUUCCCAAGAUUAUUGAGGUGUGCUUUAAAUAUUUGGUCUGUAUGCAGCCAGAUCUUCCACCUCCACACUCCAGCCACUGCCUAGCUUUAAUCUUUGUACCAACAUAGUUCUGCUAAUGCCAUGGUGAGGCCAGUGCAACUCUGAGCUAAAACUAACGAGGAUCCUUCACACCAGCACAUCUCUGGUUUCCUACAGCGCAAGUGGAUUUCACAGCAAUCUACACCUUGGUGCCUGCAAACGAUGGGAUUGUGCUGAUAUUGAAUUAGCUCUUUAAUCAAACAGCAAGGAAUUUCAUGCCUCGGAAAAUAAAUAACAGCUCCCUUCCUUCCUUUCUCCUCUCGGGAUAAGUUUAUUGUCACCCACCUAUUAGGAAAGUGCAUUUCUUUCCCUUUGUUUCAGUUUUAAUGCAAAGGUUUAUUUUACAACGAUAGCCAACAGAAACAAAGCCAAACUUGUUUCAGCAUGCCUUCUGUAAACAAAGGAGAAGCUGUUGAAAACGGGAUGCGAAAAGGAAAAGGAAAAAAGAGCAUUGAAGUCUGUCUGCCUCUCCAUCUUUGCCACCACAUUUUUCUUAAACAUUUGGCAUCCCGGCACAGUGUGAAAGAAAGUAUUGUUCAACUUUCCAGACUGGUACUAAGGAUAGCUGAGUCUGGGAAGGAAAGGGAAAAGAUUCUAAAAGGAUGGAAAGGUAUGCUCUCCAGGUGUGUGUGUGUGUGUGAUGGCACCACAAAUACCAUUUCACACAUCACCCCCUGGCCUGUUCCAAUUAAAGAUUCACCUCUGGAUUUUGCUUUUAUUUGUUGCUAUUGUUUUGGCAACCCUAUAUAGCAGAGGUGGGGGACAUUUCUCAGCUCUCGAGGUCUACAUUCUGUUCUUUGCAGCCUCUCCAGAGUCAUGUCAUGGACAAGGCCAGAGACAAAGAUUGGGUGGCAAAAUGUAAAUGGUACCUUUGCACACGAGGACACGUUCUACACACACACUCCCACAGCCCUCUCUAUCUUAUCGCCAGCCAAGCAAGAGGCAUUAUCUGAGUUCAAUGACACAUCCUGGCCAGGCUCAGCAGGGACAAUGGGGCAUGUAGAGAUGUGGGUAUAGCCUUGGGAGAGUACCCGAGGGACAGGUAGAGAGAACUGGAGGACCAUGUUUCAUCCCAAGCCUGAGCUCCCUCACCCAAGCUAUAUAGUGUGUCUUUCAGGUGCCCUCCAGAUGUUACAGAUUACAAUUCCCAUCAUCAUGGGGCUGAUGAGAGUUGUAGUCCAAAACAGAUCUUGUCUGUCCCCAAUCUAUGUAUUAUACCAUCAUGUGAUUCCGUCAGUUCAGUUUGAAGGCGAACUCCCAAAAUUGUGCUGUGCUUCACUCUGCUUUUAAUAUGCACACACUACCUGUUGUGAAUAAUGCUGUUGGGUUGAACAAAGCAGUGGGGGAAAUGGCUUUCUCCUGAGCUGGGAAAUUUAUUGUUGGCAACUAUGCACAACAAAAGGCAGUUAGUUCUCGUAAGUCUCUUGAACGCGAAUCACAUCCUUCUGCUGUAGGGGUCAACAUUUGACUUGCCCACUUAUUGGAAAUGAGUCAUGCAGAACUCUGAGCAAACGACCAUAAGGUUGGGCUAUAAGUCUUAAGUUGAAUGGCAAGCUGUUUGGAUUUUGAAAGAAAGGACUGAUGUGGCAGAAGGAUUUAGCACUGCUUGCAUGCAUGUUUAUUUCUGCACUCUACUAAAGUCAGCUCAACUUCUGCAUUUGUAAAUAAACCAAAAACCACAUGCCUGCAGUGUUUCUUUCCUCUUUCUUUUUAAUCUUUAAAAAAAGAUGCAAAUGUUUGAAAAAGAACAACUAAGCAAGCAAACAUGCAGGUUCCCAGAGAUUGCAGUUGCAGCACUCUUUCCUUGAUCCUUCUGCUGCUGACCCACUCAGGGCUAAAUUAUGGUUUGGCUUGGCAUUACGUCUGAACCCAGUCUUGUGGUUUGUCUGUCCCAAACAAACCAAGAUCAUUGCUAGGUUGAGUGACACAAACAAUGAACCUGGGUUUGAACGUAAUGCCAAGGCAGGCCAUUGCUCUGCCCCCCAUAGGGCAGCAGCAAGAGGGCUGAGGGAGGCAUACUGCAGCUGCAAUUCUAUCUGCAACCUGCACAUUCGCUUGUUUGCAUUAACUCAGGGUUUAGCUUAGAGUUGCAUGCAAACUGGGCUAUUGGGUAUCAGCUUACUCAGCUCUGCUGUUCCUUCCACAUCAAGUUCUACUCAAGUAGCAGCAAACAUACCAGUGCAAUUAUCUACUGCAUAAAGCAGGGUGUAUCUCUUUCUCUUGUUAAUCAGUUAACCUUGGCUACAACAUCAGUAUUUUAUGCCUGACACCUGAAGCAGGGUGGGCUUAGCAUAGCUGGCUUAUUUUAGGAAGGUCUAGCCUCCUCGACAGAGGACGAGAUGGUUGGACAGUGUUCUCGAAGCUACCAGCAUGAGCUUGACAAAACUGCGGGAGGCAGUGGAAGACAGGAGUGCCUGGCGUGCUCUGGUCCAUGGGGUCACGAAGAAUCGGACACGACUAAAUGACUAAACAACAACAGCCUCCUCUGUCCCUUAUCUUCUGGCGAAACAACUUGUGUAACAAGGGGAUUUUGAAAGAGUACCAUGCAGUUUGUUCAAUUCAGUUCCUACAGAAUUAAACCCAGGCUAGAUUAUUUUAAGUCUGCAGGAAUCAGCAGUGAGGUUUUCUCAUGUGACUUACUGAUUGAAAGUUAAUUGCAAUAAUAUGUUUUUCAAAAAUAAAUAAAUCCUGGCAGUUCUAAACUGUAGUGCGACAGGUUUCAAAAGCAACUGUUUGGCUACACAACUGAUCUCCUAUGUCAUAUCUAAAAAGAACUUAAUCUAGUUCUCCGAUAAAGAAAACAAUGCCCGACCUGAAGAAUUUGGAGCAAAUGUUUCAGCAGAGGAAACACAGCCCAGAAGAACUAAGGAGAUAGUACAAGAAUACUUGGCUAGUUUAGAUAUAUUCAAGUCUCCAGGGCCAGAUGAACUGCAUCCAAGAGUAUUAAAAGAACUGGCAGAUGUGAUCUCAGAACCACUGGCAGUCAUCUUUGAGAAUUCCUGGAGAACAGGCGAAGUCCCGGCAGACUGGAGGAGGGCAAAUGUUGUCCUUAUUUUCAAAAAGGGAAAAGAGAGGACCCAAAUAAUUACCGCCCAGUCAGUCUGACAUCAAUACCAGGGAAGAUUCUGGAGCAGAUCAUUAAGCAAACAGUCUGUGAGCACCUAGAAAGGAAUGCUGUGAUCACCAAUAGUCAGCAUGGAUUUCUGAAAAAUAAGUCAUGUCAGACUAACCUGAUCUCGUUUUUUGAUAGAAUUACAAGCCUGGUAGAUGAAGGAACGCAGUGGAUGUAGCCUACCUUGAUUUCAGCAAGGCAUUUGACAAGGUGCCCCAUGAUAUUCUUGUAAAGAAGCUGGUAAAAUGCGGUCUUGACUAUGCUACCACUCAGUGGAUUUGUAACUGGCUGACUGACCGAACCCAAAGGGUGCUCAUCAAUGGUUCCUCUUCAUCCUGGAGAAGAGUGACUAGUGGGGUGCCACAGGGUUCUGUCUUGGGCCCAGUCUUAUUCAACAUCUUUAUCAACGACUUGGAUGAUGGACUCAAGGGCAUCCUGAUCAAAUUUGCAGAUGACACCAAACUGGGAGGGGUGGCUAACACCCCAGAGGACAGGAUCACACUUCAAAACGACCUUGACAGAUUAGAGAACUGGGCCAAAACAAACAAGAUGAAUUUUAACAGGGAGAAAUGUAAAGUAUUGCACUUGGGCAAAAAAAUGAGAGGCACAAAUACAAGAUGGGUGACACCUGGCUUGAGAGCAGUACAUGUGAAAAGGAUCUAGGAGUCUUGGUUGACCACAAACUUCACAUGAGCCAACAGUGUGACGCGGCAGCGAAAACAGCCAAUGCAAUUCUGGGCUGCAUCAAUCGGAGUAUAGCAUCUAGAUCAAGGGAAGUAAUAGUGCCACUGUAUUCUGCUCUGGUCAGACCUCACCUGGAGUACUGUGUCCAGUUCUGGGCUCCACAGUUCAAGAAGGACACUGACAAACUGGACCGUGUCCAGAGGAGGGCAACCAAAAUGGUCAAAGGCCUGGAAAUGAUGCCUUAUGAGGAACAGCUAAGGGAGCUGGGCAUGUUUAGCCUGGAGAAGAGGAGGUUAAGGGGUGAUAUGAUAGCCAUGUUCAAAUAUAUAAAAGGAUGUCACAUAGAGGAGGGAGAAAGGUUGUUUUCUGCUGCUCCAGAGAAGCGGACACGGAGCAAUGGAUCCAAACUACAAGAAAGAAGAUUCCACCUAAACAUUAGGAAGAACCUCCUGACAGUAAGAGCUGUUCGACAGUGGAAUUUGCUGCCAAGGAGUGUGGUGGAGUCUCCUUCUUUGGAGGUCUUUAAGCAGAGGCUUGACAACCAUAUGUCAGGAGUGCUCUGAUGGUGUUUCCUGCUUGGCAGGGGGUUGGACUCGAUGGCCCUUGUGGUCUCUUCCAACUCUAUGAUUCUAUGAUUCUAUGAUUCUAGUUUUCUGGAUCAGUUUUUACAGACCCUUGCCAUCUUUCUUACUAAUAAUAAGCUUUUUGAUAGAAAAUCAGAUGAUAUGCUAUCUCUAAAAAUAUUCAGGCAGAUACACCACCAUUGUCUCCUCAGCUAUUAUCAACCUGCCAACUCAGGGGGAGAAAUCCAAAAAUUGCAAUAUUGAGGAUCAAUCCAUAAAAAUAUCUCUCUCCCCCUGUCUGUGUAGAGGGGGAGGAAUAAAUUUCUAAAUUCAGUAUGGGUGGUAUUUUAAACCUGUGUCUAAACAUUAAGUAUCAGAAAACAGAAAACAUUUCAGAGAAGUUUUAAAAAGUUAUUGGAUUAAAUAUAUGUUACCCACAAACAUGCAAUGAUAUAUAACAGCAAUAUAGCAAUGGACAUAGCAUUGGGGUGACAGUGUGGUGCAGUGAAUAGAAUAGAUGAUAUGGAUAUGGGAAAAUGUUGGCUUCAAACAUUCUGAUCUCAUAUAUAGUAUUUACCUGGUGGUUUGGGGCAAGUCAUGAUCUCUCACGAAACUGUAGAACAUUAAAAAAAAAAUCAGGCAAUGUGGUGAACAUGAUGCCUGUGAUGUUUCUUUCAUGCCUGCAAGUCAUGACUUGAUGUUGCAGCCUUGCCCUCACUUUCAUCUUGAUGUUACCCUGCCUUACUUUUAUUUCCAUUUAAGAAUAGUGUGUAAGAGAUUAAAGAGCCUUCCUUUAUUUUUAAAAAGUAUAAAGAUUAAUGGGGAGAACGGAAGAGCUUGAUUACUGCUGGGAACAAACUGUAAUUUUCAAGGACUACAUAUUUAAAAUAUCAUUGUCCCUGAUCACCAGCAGCCUGGUGAUGGGCUAAUAUUUUGGUUGUGCUAUUCUGCACUGAUACUAACAUCUUCUUUUAUAAAUCACAGGUCAGUUGACAAAGAGAUUAGAAAAUGCUCCAGCAUGUGCCAAACAUCUUUAAUCCCCUUACUUGUCAAAGAAGAUAAAGGUGUUUGGGGGCAUGGGUCCAGAAACUGUAAAGAAACUCAAAGAAAGCAGGAAGUCAAACAUCUAUUUUUAAAGAUCCCCCCCCCUCCAGUUUCACCAUGAAGGGAAAUACAUCAAGAUUUGCAAGGACUCUCACUUACACAACCUGUGCAACUUUUGAAAAGGGACUCUGAAAUGUAAUGCCUUGAAAUUUAGAACAUUUAGCUUGGCUCUGUUUUAAAACUUUUGCCCCAACUCUAUUCACUGGUGCUUUCCCAGUUGUUGAUGUGAUUUUUCUUCCUUACAUACUAUCAUUCCUUCGUCAGGCAAGUUUAUAAGAGAAAAACACAAAGAAACUCAUCCUACAUGAAGGGUGACACAAGGCGGAGGCACUCUACAUAUAGCCCCAUCUCUUUUACAUACAAAUUUUACCGUGCUCCUUUUCCUUCCCACAUGGCUGUCCAGGUUUCCUCGUAACCAAGGUUUUCUGUUCACCCGCUUCUUACUCUGAUUUCAAAUCCUAGUUUAGGGGGAUUUGGGUUUUUGGCUUUUUUAAAUAACCUCAUAUAUUGAAAAGAGAAUCAAACUUAUUUCUACAUUUACUUGAAACAAGGACACCAUCUCACCUUCUUAACUCCUACACAUCAUCUUCUUAAUUAUCUGUAAUGAUGCUUUUAAAAUGUUCUGAUCUAAUGUUGGUUAAUGAGCAAAAGCUGAGACUUCUGCAGUUUUUGCAGCAAACACCAUGGUAAUCUCUUUCUUUUCUUAAGGCCUCAUCCUCUCAACUCCAUCUAUUACCCCCCAUUAUCUCAAUUCAGCUAUCAGUUGUAUCACCUAGUCUGUUAGGUAUUUAGGGCAAGACCAUCUCCUUUCAUUGUUUGCUGGUCUAUACAGAAGUUCCUGUUGUUGUUGUUGUUGUUGUUUAGUCGUGUCCGACUCUUUGUGACCCCAUGGACCAGAGCACGCCAGGCACUCCUGUCUUCCACUGCCUCCCGCAGUUUGGUCAGACUCAUGUUUGUAGCUUCGAGAACACUAUCCAACCAUCUUGUCCUCUGUCGUCCCCUUCUCCUUGUGCCCUCCAUCUUUCCCAACAUCAGGGUCUUUUCCAGGGAGUCUUCUCUUCUCAUGAGAUGGUCAAAGUAUUGGAGCCUCAGCUUCAUGAUCUGUCCUUCCAGUGAGCACUCAGGGCUGAUUUCCUUAAGAAUGGAUAGGUUUGAUCUUCUUGCAGUCCAUGCGACUCUCAAGAGUCUCCUCCAGCACCAUAAUUCAAAAGCAUAAAUUCUCCAGCGAUCAGCCUUCUUUUUGGUCCAGCUCUCACUUCCAUACAUCACUACUGGAAAAACCAUAGCUUUAACUAUAUGGACCUUUGUUGGCAAGGUGAUGUCUCUGCUUUUUGAGAUGCUGUCUAGGUUUGUCAUUGCUUUUCUCCCAAGAAGCAAGUGUCUUUUAAUUUCAUGACUGCUGUCACCAUCUGCAGUGAUCAUGGAGCCCAAGAAAGUAAAAUCUCUCACUGCCUCCAUUUCUUCCCCUUCUAUUUGCCAGGAGGUGAUGGGACCAGUGGCCAUGAUCUUUGUUUUUUUGAUGUUGAGCUUCAAACCAUAUUUUGUGCUCUCCUCUUUCACCCUCAAUAAAAGGUUCUUUAAUACCUCCUCACUUUCUGCCAUCAAGGUUGUGUCAUCUGCAUAUCUGAGGUUGUUGAUAUUUCUUCCGGCAAUCUUAAUUCUGGCUAGGGAUUCAUCAAGCCCAGCCUUACCUGAGGCCUAAUCCCCAAUUAGUUUAAUCUGUGAAAUAAGUGAUAUUUUUUAAACCCAGUAUGUCUUUGCUGACACAGCUCUUACAGACCUUAAACAUAUUCAGGUACAUGUGACAUAAAGCCCCCCACAAAAAUCCAAAAAAUGUUACAUCUUGAGUAUCUCUUCCUGCGAUAGCAAAACCCCUCAUUCAUUUAACACAUCACAAUUGAUAAAACACACUCAGUUGUGUGCUUCUGAAAAGCAACAUCAGAGAAGGGGCUGCAGUGGAAGCAGCAUCAGGAAAAAAACUCUUUUCCCCAUAAUUGGUAAUGGACACCCUGACCAGCAUUAUGAGUUUAUAUCUAACUUGAGGUGGUGGGGGUUGUACAAAAAUCUGCAGUGCACAAACUCAAGAACAAUGUCUGGUUUUUUCCUUCCUUGACUUUCAGCUUUCUCCAAACAAAGAGAUUAAGACUUGUGUUUGCUUCAUAGCUUUAUAAUGACCUUCAUGACACAAAAACCAGGAUGCCAGAGUUUUGGAGCCUAGAUAUACACAAUGCUGUCAUUCCACUAGACAAAAGCGUUUGGAACGUUCAUCGGCGUCUCCUCUCAAGUAUCAUUCCAGGACGGUGCAAAUUUUAUAUGCUGCAGUUACGCUUCCCGGUGGCUGUUCCAAGUCAUUCGGCUUCAUUAGCUCCUACCUUUGCGAUGUUUACCAAGCUGCGAGGAAACAAACAUGGAGGGUCAAAUCCUGCAUCGGCGUAAAGGACACGUGGCCCCAUCGCUCUCAAGCAAUUUCUGUACUGUGACACCGGCAGCUAAUUUGACCCAGAAUGAAUAACUCAGCAAAGGAUGAUUACGUCUUCCUGUAAAUAAAGAACAUCUGGCAAAAUGUUCCCAUUCAGAGCUAUUAAGCAUGCAGAGCUUAGUGACAUUUGUGUGCAGCCCCUACCUAUAAACACUGUCUCUUGCCACUGGGUUUGAAAAGUGGACUGCCUGGAUUCAAAAGCAACUCCCAGGAAAGUUGGAUUCUGUCUCCAGGCAGUGCCUGUCUUACACAAUGUUGUUUAUAGCAUUAAGAUUCCACCCCCACCCCCAGGGUCUGUAUGAGGAAAUGGCCUGGUGUCAUUUAAGUAGCUGUCAAACCACACCAAUUUGCAACCGUCUUUUUAAAAACCUCCAAAGAAAAUGUUUAGUUAAAUGAGCAUUAAGUGGUUUCCAAAGGUAACAUGUUGGUUACACAAGAGAUCUAAUUUCUCACAGCUCCUCAGCCAACCUGUGCACUUGAUUUUAGACUCCAUGAGUUCACAGUCUGUGAAGUCAUCCACAAAACUGGAAGAUUCCCAGGGGGAUUAUUUAAAUUUGAUCCUUCCUCCUCCAUAAAUCUGCACUGUGACUAUGAGGUAUUGACAAUGCCUUUGAUGUUUUGGAGUGUACAGGGCACUGGAGAGGGAGCUGCUUGUGAAUCAGUCCAGCACAGCAUCAACAUUUCUUUCCUGCCUUUCCAUCCAAUUCUAGGUCCUCCUCAGCAUGCAUAAUUUGAAACCAGCCAGCAUAACAGAACAAUUAAAACCUGAAUCUGAGGCUGAAGAAGGAAAACAGUCUUUAUAGGUUUCCUAAAGGCCAGAAGGGAUCCAUCAAUGAAUGAGGGUCUCGGCACAAGGCCAACAGCAUUCUGCAAAAAAGGGCAUCACCACUAAAAAGGCCCUAGUCCUUACAGAUACCAGCAUUGCUUCUUUACCCGGGCAUGGAAAAAGUGGGUAGUGCAAAACACAAAGGAAAAAAUUAAAAAAAUAAAUUAAAUUAAAAAUAAGUUUCCUUUCAGCAUAGUACAUUACAGGUCCCCCACCAAUGGCUUAAUGGUUGGGGUGUGGAAAAGGGGGCCUGGCCGCCUCACAGCAGGUUUUACUGCAGACUGGACUCUGCCCAAUCUCAGAAGCACUCUGCCUUUAGUGGCAAAUGGGGCAGGGGUGGGUGGGAGAAUAAGGUGAACAAAACAGGUAAGCAUCGUGAUUAAAAACUAAUACAUACAAUGUGACACCAUGACGACCCACUUCCUCCAAAAGUGGAAGGUGGGUGGUGCUGCAUAGGAUGCACAAGUUAGGAUGUUUCCAGGGUGCCUGGUAACCAAGGAAUCCAGCAGAGCACCGGUAGCAACCACCAUGGUAACAGCUACGAAUGCCUCCAAUUCCCACUGAAAGCAGCAGGGCAGAGAAAUAGGUGCCCAAAUUAAAAGUGCUUCUCGGAAGGUUCAUGGGAGCUUAGUCAGGGUAAGGACUCAGACACCGCAGCUCUAAAGGAAACACGAAAGUAUAACCACAGAGAGUAAAUAAUUGACAGAUCCAGUUGAAAUGUGGGCAGAGUUUGAGGUCAAUGGCCUCUCAGGCCAAAUUGGGUGGGCCACAUAGCUGAAGUUCUGGAACAGGUGUUACAAGAAGAUGAGCAAAUCAACCUGGCCACUUCACAUGCUAUAAAAUCCCCCCAUUGAUAGUACUUCUAUGCAGGAAUAAACAUGAAAUGUGUUUGUUGAUUUUAAUAUCUGGAACAUGCUAUAUAUGCUGGAAAUAUAUCUAUAUAUCUAUAUAUAAAUCCUACAUGUGUUCAUCUCAUUUUAUAAUCCAUGCAGGGGCUUCAUGUAAAUUUCUAUAAAGAUGUGCCUUUUAUUAUCAAUUAUUAUAAUUAUUCCUGUUGUUAUUAUAACGUAUUUGAGAAACUAUUUACUACCAUAGUACCCAAAAUAUUAUGGCAUGUGAGGCUGAGGGAGCAGUAUUCCUUGGCUAUUGAGUUCUGUUGCUUACCGGGUCGCCAGUGUCACCAUCUAGAAUGUUGUCAUAGUUCUAUCAUCCCUGACCAUUGGCCUUCCUGACUAGAUCUGAGAUGUGCUAAGAGUCCAACAUAAUCUGGAGGGCACCACAUUGACUACUCCCAGCUGAGUCUGUUACUGGCUUGGAGAACCUUUUCAAACAGAUUGGAAAGGUGCAAGGGUCAUGUUUGCUUGACUUAUGGCACACCAUUCUUGUCUAUAUUUAUUGAUGUCAGUCCUGAAUGUUGAUGAAGCUGGCCCACACCCUUUAGAUUCCACAAGCUCUGGACAAUGUGGUCCAUUGAUGUCAUAGUUGUGUCUUGAAAAAGAAGGGAAGACAUACCCAAGCGUCAUACCUAGAAUUUCAGAGUGUGAAGUUUCAAAACAUUGAUUUCACUUUCCUAAUGUCCACAAUCUUGAGUGCUUUAUUAUGGAGACUGUUUCACAUUUCCUGAAUAUCAGGGCACUGAACAAAAUAACGUGGGCUUGUUAUCCCAACCUUCUAGUUCCAACACGAUAAAUACUGGAAUUCCUUCUUUUCUACUGCCCGUUAUCUCUCUUCAGGUUCAAUUUCACACUUCUGAUUUUGAAGACUGUCCGUUCCGUUCUACACUUCCAUCUCCACUUUUCCACCUCAGAGAUCAUAUCCUGCAAUGUAGCAGCACACCAGUGACCCCAUUACAGGAUCACAGAUUCGUUGGAAAAAGUGUAACCUAGGAUUAAGCUUCCUUUUCCAGAGGAAUUUAUCACCAUAAUAUUGAUUAAGAGCCUUAUGCAUGUUAACUGAGAAGUUGCACUGAUUUCAGUGGCAUUUAAUUCCAGGGAACUUUUUGUAGAAGCCUGAGGGAAUCAUUUCCUCCUCCAACACUGCUAUUGUUAAAAGUGCACAGGGAGGUGACACAUUCACCAAUUUAACAUCCCAUCUGUUUGGGCCAUAAAUUUCUGAUACUCGUACCCUGGCUUAAUCAAAACAUCCAUGAAACACUUGCACUUUGGAAAGAAAUACAGUUCCCUGCAAAAAAAAAUGGCAAGGAGGAACUUUUUUGAAUUGCAUGAUAAGAACAUAAAAGCAAAUGGUGUUUCUUGGUAUGUGAAGCAGAAUAAUAAUAAUAAUAAUAAUAAUAAUAAUAAUAAUUUAUUAUUUAUACCCCACCCAUCUGGCUGGGCUUCCCUAGCCACUCUGGGCGGCUUCAAAAAAUAUAUAUCAAAAUACUGUAAUACAUUAAACAUUAAAAGCUUCCCUAAAUAGGGCUGCCUUCAGAUGUCUUCUAAAAGUCUGGUAGUUGUUGUUCUCUUUGACAUCUGGUGGGAGGGCGUUCCACAGGGAGGACGCCACUACCAAGAAGGCCCUCUGCCUGGUUCCCUGUAACUUGGCUUCUCGCAGUGAGGGAACCGCCAGAAGGCCCUCGGUGCUGGACCUCAGUGUCCGGGUAGAAUGAUGGGGGUGGAGACACUCCUUCAGAUAUAAUGGACCGAGGCCGUUUAGGGCUUUAAAGGUCAGCACCAAUACUUUGAAUUGUGCUCGGAAACGACCUGACAGUCAGUAUUGGACAAUGUGUUGGGACAGUCACAGAGCUGCCCUCCAGAUGCUACAGAUAAGCUCUGCAACUGACACCAGCACAAGCGCCAGGCUGGCUGUACUGAGGCCCUGACCCCAUCCAGGUGAGCUGUAAUGAUGCCAGUGUUGGGAAAGCAUCUCUGUGGCUCUGCCCAACCACAUUAGCCACUAUUGUAGGUAGUUAGGAAUGUGCUGUAUUCUAAAGUCAGAGCAUUGGUUUGUCUGCUUAUCUGUUUGCAGUAUUUUAUAGGCCACCCUGUACCAGAGUUCUCAAGGCAGUUGUUAGCAAGACAGAAGACAAUUUAUCAGUCAAUAACAAUAAAAGUAUAAAUACAGCAUUCCAGAGGAAAAACAGCAUAAAAAUGAAGGGUGCCUCCAGACAGCCACUAUUUUGCAGUAAGGAUUCGAGUGUGCACUUCAGGUGUGCACAUUUUAAAAGGAUUACAGGGCUCUGUUACCUUUGUGCAACAAAUCCACUUUUCAAAAAAAUAGACUUUGUGUUGGAAAGUGAUGCGGAAAUGCAUUGGAACUUUUUUAUGCAAUUGGGUGGAACUUUAUUACAUAUAUUAACAGCAACAAUCUACAAUUGAGGUCUGGAAUACUUGCUUCAUUGUACUUUUGAGUUUUAAUUUUAGGUACAGAUCUAUGCUUUUGAAAUGUGUUUUUGAAUGUUUUCUUUGUCCUCUGUGUUUUCUACCUUUGUAACGCUUUAUUUAGUUAUUCAUAUAACAAAAAUAAAAAUUGUAAAACAUUAUAGUAUGAGCAAAUGAUUAUUGGGAAGAUGUGUAAACACCCCACAAGCAUAUCAGGGUGAAUGCAAGAAAAAUACUCCUUGUCAUAUAACCACCCUGUAAACACAUCAGAACAAAUGCUUAAUAUUAGUGGCAAUAAUAAAGAAAAGUUCCAGGGUGGCAACAGAAAGCAAACUAAAAAUGCUUUUGCAGUUCGUCAAAACUAUCCAGCAAUAUCAAGUUAUAGCAAAACUGGUGCUGUUAACAGUAAUCCUUCUAGUUGGUUGGUAAUUGGUUCAGCAACUUCCAUGCACAUGACGUGUGAUGCUAAUUAUUUCUCCCAAGAGUUAAAUAACUAAUCAGAGGCAGCUACAGUUGCAAAUGGCAACAAAAUAUCUAUGAAAGGAAGAAGAGCAGGUUUGCUCAAGUGUGUUGCAGGUAGAAAUACUGUUUGUAUUGAAGUGAGAGCAGUAGGUUACUUGCUCGAAUUAACAAAUAAGAAAGUUUUGAUAAUUUUAAUUCUAGAUUAAAAUGGAUUACUUAAUUGAGAAGGGGAUUUUAACAAAAACACUGGGGCCUAAUUUGAAUAGUAGAGUGCCUGGUAUCUGGUGGGCAAUCUCAUCCUUUAUUUCCACACUGUGACUUCAGACCAAAUCACCUGUCAGGAGAGUUAUGAGAUUCAGGUGAGGGUCAGAUGCCAUGUCAAUCCCAGCAGGUAUAUAAGAGGCCUUCGCCCUGCCCUUUAACAAUAAUAUCUUAUGUCCUUUAGAGGAGAAAUUGUGAAUUGUAGAAUUUUAAAUACCCGUCAUCAUCCUUGGCUUCACUCAAUUUUGUUUAUAACACUCUUCCAUUUUCUUCUAGUUGUGAGGGUGGGUGAUAGAGAGGGGCCUCACAAGUGGAGUAGCCUAGGGACUCUCUUCAUCUAAAGCCGGCCCUGCCUAUAGCCAAUCAAAAGCCCUGGGGAAAUAAAACAUAUAUUUGCCUGAUUCUGAACUGACAUCAAGGAGUGCACCAGGCAAGCCUCACUGGGGAAGGUUUUCCAUAGCCAGGGUGCCAUCACUGAAGAAGCCCUCUCUCCUAAAGUCAUCUGCCAAAGCUGUUCAGAGGAGGCACUUGUGUAGGGGUCUCCACAGAUGUUUCCUUGUAUUACAAAGUCAAAAGGUGUGUGGCAGCUGCUUUUCCAAGAGUCACUCAGAGGUCUUUCCAACCCAGCAUUCCAAGGUGCAUUGUUAAGUACUUUCUGUAUACAACACAUAUGGUCUAACACUGAGUAAUGUCUUACAUUUCAGCAGUGAUGUGGAAAUUAAUCUGCACAUUGCUUCACUAAUUAUUCCGUGUCUUUGCUCUUACUGCCAAAGGUUAUACAACAAGCUAGCUGGUAGAAAGCAGUUUCUUCAAAGAAGAUCUCCAAACAAGCAUAUUGAUAGGUUUAUAGAUUACUGUUGUGAAAUAAAUACUUUUUGUGUAUUAUUAUAGGCACACCCUUCUUAAUUUAUAUUUCCCAGCCUUGGCAUUCAAAACUGAUUCUUGGGUUCCUGCUAAUGUGAGGUUUGACUCACCGUGCACCAGAUAGCAAGCCUACCUGGUUGUUCUGGUUAUGAAGGAAAGGAAAAUAUUUGCCAGUAUCAGAGGCUUUUGCCCAAGACAGAAAUUUCAGUACCUUGAUUGAGGGAUUCUGGUGUUUUGCACUGAGAUGGGUCCUGAAUUGUUCAAGGAUUAAUUUAGUAAAGUCUUAGACUUCAUGAGCCCAAUGCACAGAUUCGUAUUUCAUCAUUCUUAAUCCAUUAAGAUCAAUAGGACUUGAGCUGCUUGGAAGUAAACUAGCUCACUGAUUUCAGUGGGGGCAAGUAGAACUGUAACUGCAGCUCCAGACCCACUUAUAUGGGAGACUUCUUCAUGAGAAACAUGCAGAAAUUUGUGUUGUGAAUUUCCUACAAUAGGGCAUCAAAGGCAAUACCUCAAAGGUGAAAAUUUAAUAGUUUCCAGACUUUGGAGACCAUUCUUUCCAUAUUUUUAUCUCAAAUAGGACCUUGUUUUAAUUUUUGCUACAUAUAUGCAAUACUACAAAGCUAUCAGCUGAAUUUUUGGAACAUGCAUACUGACAGCCAGUGUAGUUCACAUCACUCGGUUUGGAAUGGAAGAAAGUCAGAGUCACGUAUGAAGGAGGGAUACAUGGAUGGAUCAAUCUAUUUUUAUUGUAGGUCAGUUUUGCAAAGUUUGGCCCUCCAGAUGUUGCUGAACUACAACUCCCAUGAGCUCCAGCCAGCAUGGCCAAUGGCCAGAGACGGUGGAUGCUAUAGUCCAGCAACAUCUGGAGGUCCAAAGGUUCCACACACCUGUGCUAAAUCAUAGGUUUGUUCCAUCACAUUUUUUCUGAAAACUUUGUUUUUAAAUGGUAUGCACUUUCCCCUAAAGUACACAUUUUGUAUCUAUUCCACUAAAAUACAUAUUUUAGCAUGCACUUUCACCUGUAUCUAUAUAUGGACCAGAAUGCAACUGGAUUAGGCAAGCCUCCAAAUUUCAGUUCAUAAAAUGUGCAGAACAAUGCAUAUUUUAGGUGAAAAUGCAUGCAAAACAUGUAUUUUAGUGGAAGAAUGGAUACAAAAUGUGUACUUUAGCCCAGUGCUCUACAGGCCUUAGUGGUGUUCCUCUUUAAAACACCUGAGAAUUAUACAGUUAUGUUUAGCUGGGGGAAAAAGAAAGCAUAAGAUAUAAUAUGUGAUCUGUUUCAUUCUCUCCCCACCACCAUCAUGGAUGGCUGUGAAGCUGGUCAUUCUGAGAGCAAAGGUUAUAUUGCAAAUAUAUCUGAUCUGACAGAGAAGGAACACGGAAUAAAACAUGUCAAAACUGAUGGAAAACAGCCAAUCACAGACUGGAUAGCAUAGUUUGACCCUUAAUGGGGUUCAAAUUAAAUCUGUACAGUUUUCACUCUCAUUAUAAAAGAAAUAUAGGAUUAAUUUUAAUUAAGUGAAAUUAAAUGCAUCUGUUUACUUUGUAGUGCAGUAUGUUUUAGGUUGAAAAAACCAAUAAUGGGCUUGUGGGAGUCAAAAGCCAAGGAAAUGUGACUUUAAAAAAAAUAUUUUGCAGGUGGGGUUGCUACUUUUGUUACUGGCCAUAGGUCACAAUAUAUUGCUACUUGGACAGUCUAACGACAUAGAAUAAUUUGUUUUUCUAUUUGCACUGUUACAGGCUUUUUGCAUCUGGACUUUGUGGUGUUAUCUGCCUUUCUAUUUUCUAUUCAUUAUCCAACAUGUGAAAUGCAUUAGUUGUUGGGGAGUACCAGCCAUUUUCAGACAUACUAAGCAUUCAACUUUGUUUUGUUUUGUUUUGGGCUGAUUUCUCGAAGUCUGUAAACACUUACAAUUGAUAAAUUAAUAACUAGUAAUCUCAGCCCUCCAGGGAUAUAUGGAACAAUAGCUGAGGGAAGUUACGGUAAUCUAUUAAUUCACUGGUCUAUCAAAUCCCAUCUUAUCCCGUUUACUAUAUGUAAACCCCAAGCGUCUACUUUUCAGCUCAGUCUGUUGCUUCUCUCUAAUCACACUUCCGUGGGAAGAAGUUGCAUGGAAAUCAAUGUGAAGUGUUUCUACAAGUGACAUGCAAAUACCUCUAGGAAAAGUUCCACAACAGAAAGUGCCAGUUAGACUAGUUUUUACAACUUUAGUGAUGAAGUUGUAUGGCAAAAUGAUCAGUGCCAUAGUCAUCUUUACACUCUUGACUGGGGUCAACACUCCUCAUGCUAUAACAGCAAUGAUUAUUAUUAUUUUAAAAAAUAUCUGUGUACCAUAAAUUGGGGUGGACACAAAUUUGAGUGAGUCAUUGGCCAAUUUCAGGUGGAUCAACUAGUUCCUGUGGGCUACUUGGAAUUUUGCAAAUAAUUCUAGUUUGCAAGAGCUGGGAUAGCUCAGUCAGUAAAGCAUGAGACUCUCAAUCUCAGGUUCGAGUCCCACAUUGGGUGAAAAGGGGGUUGGACUAGAUGACCCUUGUGGUCCCUUCCAAUUCUGCAAUUCUAUGAUUCUAUAAUCCUGCAAGACACUUCUUUUAUUUGUAAGGAAGACUGUAUACCGUGGAUCACUUAAAAGAGAUUAGUUCUGCCUUAACUAUUACAUUAUCCUGAAUAAGCUUUCUUGAUUUGUAAAUCAAAAACACAGGUUGUCUAGUAAAAGAAGAAGAAGAAAAAGAACAUUAUGCAAGACAUAUCAGCUGUGCACAAGACCCUCUAAAUAGGCUGUAGCACAUUUAAUCUUUGUGUUACUGCAAGCUAAAAUGGUUAUUUUUCUGGAGUAUACCUAUUUCGUAUAUCUGCUUAAAUAUGUGACAGCAAUAUCCUCAAAAGAAUGUUGGCAUACUUGGGAAAAGCAAAAAGAUGAAGACAUUCCAAGGUCCAGAUUUAUGACUCUUAAAUCAGGAACAUUAUUGCAUGGUAUGUCCCAGAACAGAAGAUCCUGACACCACAAUCACACCAGUGACUCCAUUAAUCUGCAGUGAAGAUUAUGUGGCUCAGGGUGAGCUCACGCAUUCAUGCCCAUCACUCAAUGACUUCAGCUUCCGUCUACAAAACAUAACAAUGAACACAAUACAUGGAAACAGUUCACAAGUCCAGCUGUAAGAGUAAUAGUCAACGAAGUUAUGUUGAGAGUAGACCCAAAGAAAUUAAUCACCCUUAGUCAUGUUUAUUAAUUUCAUAGUGUCUACUCUGAGUAAACCUUUGCUGACUACCACCCAUAGUCAUCAAGUGUUGUGAUAUCAAGUAAAGGUAAAGGGACCCCUGACCAUUAGGUCCAGUCGUGGCUGACUCUGGGGUUGCGGUGUUCAUCUUGCUUUACUGGACGAGGGAGCCAGCGUACAGCUUCCGGGUCAUGUGGCCAGCAUGACUAAGCCGCUUCUGGCGAACCAGAGCAGCGCACAGAAACGCCGUUUACCUUCCUGCCGGAGCGGUACCUAUUUAUCUACUUGCACUUUGAUGUGCUUUCGAACUACUAGGUUGGCAGGAGCAGGGACCGAGCAACAGGAGCUCACGCCGUUGCGGGGAUUCGAACCACCGACCUUCUGAUCGGCAAGUCCUAGGCUCUGUGGUACCAAGUAGGAUACAUUUAAUGUAGCAACUUUGUCAAUUUCAGUCUCUCUCCAUUACUUAUUUUUCCAAUCUUGAAUUGAUUUUUCCACAUUUGCUCAUAACUAGUGGUGUUGUUAUGUGCUGUUUGUUUGUUUUUUUAUCCUCAUUAAAAUAUGUCAGCAUUUUACUGCUAAUUUCUCCAAAUAUACACAUUUUUGCAAGUUCGCCCAGAAUAAUGCAGGUUUCUUUCCACAAUUUUCAUUAAUAUAUGCAUUUCAUACACACUUUGUUUAGCUGGAGAAUUGUGUCUUGGUUCACACAUCGGUCUGAGAAGUGCAAAUAGGGGCCUUAUCCACACUUCCUCUUGUCCUGCUCCUUUCCCCUGGGGAAAACUGCUCUUUAGUGCUCAAUUGAAGCAAACAGCAAUCAGGUUUCCCACAUAUUGCCAUUUGUUCUAGUUUAAAGCUAAAGAGUGGGUUUUCCCUGGGAAUGGAGUGGGGCAAGGGGAAAUCCACUGGACCAGGCAUCCCCAAACUCGGCCCUCCAGAUGCUUUUGGCCUACAACUCCCAUGAUCCCUAGCUAGCAGGACCAGUGGUCAGGGAUGAUGGGAAUUGUAGUCUCGAAACUUCUGGAGGGCCAAGUUUGAAGAAGCCUGCACUGGACCCAUGCUUUCUGGGUGCAGGGCAAGUGAAGUGUGGAAGAGCCUCUAUUUGUACUUCUUGAACCGAUUUCUCCCACAGUCCAAGAAAAGCAUAUGGAAAAAAUAUGGAAUUUGAGGGCUCUGGUGGGAAUGCACCUGGAGCAGUGUAGAAUGCAGUGAAAGAACUAGCCACUCUUUCUCUGAUUUCCAAAUGGACAUGACCUGUAUAAUAUGUAUAGUUUUUCCUUACAUCUAUGAAAGAUAAAAAGAAAAGGAUUCUGGGAUUCUUAGUCCCCUCUGCUUGAAUAGGCACCAUUGAUAUGCAGAAUACUCUGGAAGAAAAUUGUUAAAAGGCAGAGUCAACAAAACAUACCACGAAAUUGAGGGCAGAGGAGAGCUGAGAUAAAUAAAAAAAGGUUAGGUAGAUUUGCCCUGUUUCUGAGGGCAACCCCAACCUUUGUCCCUUCUUUGCUAUUUCCUGUUUUGUUCUGGACCCUCUUUGGCCUUUCUUAGCGUUGUGUGUUUUGACUAUGUGACCACUUCACCUCUUUCCCACAAUGUAGCAACUGGGAAAUGGACUGAAAUGGGACAAUUAGCCAUUUGAAUCGCAGCAAAUACCUCAGGUCAGAGGAGCACCAUGCUCCCAUUCACAUAAUAUUUGAAAUAACAUGAAUUACAGUUCAGCUGCCUCCAUUUCAAGGGCUUGGUAAAGUGGGCAUGCAACAAAACCUGACUCUGUUGUCAUGACAGCAAGGGUCAGCAUCAGAGAAUGGGGUCAUGUUUAAUGCUCUAGAAAAUGAGUGAGGGCAUAAAAUCCAAGUGGACAUGAAAACAGAAAGGUGACGUAAACCACAAUAGCAAAUCAGUGUUACCCCUGCAGAUGUAAACUACGUCAGGCUGGGGGAUCUAGACAAAAUGUCUCGUAAUGGAAACAAAAGGUUCACCUGUAACUUUGAAUGGAGGAAAUGUCAUAAAUAAAUAGUGCUAUGAGUUUGCUUUCUCACGUGUGUGACUGGAUCAGUCACUUUUGGUUUGUCCUAAUGUGUCAACUGAUUAGAGUUUGGGAUCUAAAAAAAGGAUUGUAGUUCAUUUAAUGCAGCACUGAGGGACCUGGCUCUCCAGAUGUUGUUGGACUUUGGGCCCCAUCAGCUCCGGUCUUCGUGGUCAAUAGGGAUGAAAUGAGUUAAAGUAGUCCAGCAGGGACUACAGAGUUUGCAGUCUUACACCCCACUUCUUAAUGUGGAUGGUGAGUGGGCAGUUCACCUGCAGAAGUAGUGUCUGUGAUGAGUGUUUGACAGAUUGCGAAACCAUCUGAGAAACAACAGUUUUGUAUCUUCAGUCAAAGAGAAAUAGACAAGGACAAAGAGGAAAUGACUGCUGAAAGUGAAGCACCUUUGAUCGUCUGUCUAGGGCCAUGGUUCCUAACUUCAGGCACAGGGGGGCAAUUUGAUUUUUAACAGGGGCAAUUUGGGAAUGACUUAUUAACAGUGAAUGGUCUUUUAGGCUUCCUCCACGUGGGGGGGGGGGAUAUCAGGAUUUUAGAGAUGCUUAGGUGGGGCAUGGCCAAAAAAAGUUUGGGAACCACCAGUCUAGAGGGCUCUGAGGCAGAGUAGUGAAUCUGCUGCCUUGUAGGAAUGCUUCCUUGCCUCCUUUUAUGAUCUGCUUGUUUAUUUGUAAAGUUAUUAUACCUUCAGUUUCCAGCACUUUAUUGCAUUCAAAGGAAACUGAGGUAGCACUGGCUUGGAAAUGUCUCAGCACUCAGAGAAGGGUAUACAAAGGAAAUGGUUUUAUCAUGGUACUAGACCACUUGCCUCUUAGUACUAAAAGACCAAUGUUUUGUCAUGGUGCUUAUUAACAGCAAGCAGUUUAGCUCUUCAUACUAAAAGACCAGUGUUUCAGAACAGCAGGAGUGAGGCCUUAGAAAAGUGGGAGGCCUCCAUCAAGACCUAAAAAUCUAAAUACAGGCACAAAUACAUACAUGUGCUGAACAGGAAUGGGUUUCAAGAAUCUGUUUGGUCCACCCUACACUGAGAUGAGAUUUUUAAAAAAUCAAUCCUAACUACCUCGCAGAGUUUCCUCAAACAAAUUUUCAUUCCACAUGACCCAAUAAGGCUCCUCAAGAAUUAAAAUCAAAAAUACAAAAAUGGCAAGUCAUUACAGUCUGCCUGGGGGAGUAAUGGGAACAAUGCCACAGCCUCUCUGUCCAAUUUAAUUUACAGAGUUGUUUUGAAGAUAAAAUGAAUUCAUAUACGAUAAAUCUGUUUUCCUAAGCCUCCGAAAUAGAAUUGGGAAGAGAUAAAGUGUAGCACAGUACCAUUUGCCUAAAUGACUUGAACUCUCAUUCGGACUUUCAUCUAAGGGCAAAGGGGCUAAAAGUGGGGAGCAGGCAGGGAUGCAUUUGUGGGCCAUGCCCCCUCCCACACCUGCUUGUCCUCUGCAGACCUUCCCACAUUGAGAUGGAAGGUCUGAAGGGAGAUUCUGAGGGUAUUCAACAGAACGUGCUUAAAUCUUCCCUCUGAUCAGGAAGCCUGCCAUUUUAGGGUUCCUAAUCACAAAAAAGAACCUAAAUGUGUUCACCCAAACCUGUUUAGAUUCCCCAUUGAUAUUCCCUCUCAACAUGGAAAAGUUCUAAGAUGUGCCAGUGCACCUGAUAACACUGAGGGCAGGCUAGCAUGCAUAGCUGUGAGUCCUUCUCAUGGAGGCAUUACUCUUGACAAUUUUUGCCUUGUAGCCUUGAAAGCCUUGCACAUUUUAGUCCAACUGAUUUCAGCGGGAUAUGUUGCAAUGCUGUACCCACUUACUUGGCAGUAAGCCUCUUUUAACAUAAUAGAAUUUACCUCUAAGAUAUGUACACCAUCGCUGUCAACUUUUCCCUUUUCUUGCGAGGAAUCCUAUUCGGAAUAAGGGAAUUUCCCUUUAAAAAAGGGAAACAUUGACAGCUAUGAUGUACACCCAGUUCCUGCUAUCCCAACACAAUGCUUUCUUAGGAAAUCGCUUCUUAGGUGAGUGUUUGCAUAAUGAGUUGAAAAUUUCCAUGGAUUCCUAUGGGAAAAUUAUUAAUGCGUUUCUGACCACUGAAAUCUUGCAAAAGGCAAACAAGGGAGGAAAAAACUGCUAUUUUAUUUGCCCAGUCUCUGCCUCCUUACUUCUCCCUCCCUCCCACCAUGGAUUCUGGCAAAACAGCUGCCAUGGACUAGCAAAACACAAAAAGUAAGGCUUGUUUAAGUCACCUUAUUUGUUUACAGCACCACACACAGGUCCAGCUAUUUGGAUAUCUGAAUCUGAGUACAGAGAACUUUGGGUAUUAAUUACCCAAGUUUGGAUAAGUGAAUUUUCUUAUAAUGAGUGUUUGGAUAGUGGGACCCGUGUGUAUAGGAAUUUUGCUUUUAAGCAUGUAAAAAUGCUUAACUUUGGCCAUACAGUGAUCAUGAAUUUCACUAAUAUAUAUUUAUUACAUUUCUAUACCACCCUUCAUCCGGAGGUCCUAGGGCAGUUCACAACAGAAAAAUACAGAGAAAAAUGGAAUGUAAAUUUCUCUUUCAGAUUCCUGACUCUUUGUGGCAUAAUAAGCCACUGCUCUCCACUGAAAUUCUACUCAUCAUUAUGUGAGUGUUUAACAUUUUCAACUGCUUUACUUACAUUGUAAUUAGAUGACGGAAUAUCACCAAACAGUUAAAUCUGCUCUCUCUAUUGUAUCUAAGCCAACUUUGGAUAAGACCUUGAAUCUGGUUUUAUCACUUUGCCAAUACAAACUAAGACCACUAGGUUUGGCUGUAAUAGCAAGUUGUGCUCUGAUGAAGUCCAGGCAUUUCUCUUGCUGUGGCAACAAUCACUUCGCAAAGCUCUCCUCUCAGUGAUUCUGAAAGAUUUACUGUAAUGAAGGGUUUACGAAGCAGAAAAUACAUAGCUGGCUUUUCAGAUACUAGGUGGAGGAAGCAACUGGGAAAGAAAAACAUGCUUGUUCUGAACAGUACACAAAGCCAUGGGUACAGAGGAAAUUGUGGUGAAGAACAUGAGACAUCAAGGUGUCAUUUCUUCUCCGAUAUUUUCUUACCACUAUCACUUUUUUAAAUAAAAUAUGUUGUUGUGAAACAGAUACAAAUAGAUUCUUGGGAUGCUAAUGCUUCCCGCAUGAGGCUCUCAGUUCCCAAUGUGUCUUACUGUCUAUGUUUCCAUAGAAGCUCUGGUUAAUUUACCGUAUUUUUUGCUCUAUAAGACUCACUAUUUCUCUCCUAAAAAGUAAGGGGAAAUGUGUGUGCGUCUUAUGGAGCGAAUACAGGCUGCGCAGCUAUCACUGAAGCCAGAACAGCAAGAGGGAUUGCUGCUUUCACUGCACAGUGAUCCCUCUUGCUGUUCUGGCUUCUGAGAUUCAGAAUUUUUUUUUCUUGUUUUCCUCCUCCAAAAACUACAUGCGUCUUGUGGUCUGGUGCGUCUUAUAAAGAGAAAAAUACGGUAUGUUUGCUACCAUUCCAUUACACACUCCAUUUGUAGGAAAUGAUUCUGAUGCCAUUUUACAAUUUGUUACAAUAGAAUAAGCCGCUGUGAGUCCCUUUCAGUUAGAAAUAUGAACAUAUGAUACUGCUUUGCACUGAUACAGAAAACAGAGCCAUUGAGCCCACUAAUUACUACUUUUUCAAUCAUUCUCCAACACUUCUGGAAGAGACCAUUCCCAACCCUAAGACCUGGAAACACCAGAGAAUGAAGCCUAUGUCCUACUGCAGUGAAAAAACAUUUGCUCUGGACCUGAGCUAAUGUCUUUUCCAUAUAAUAAAUCACAAAAAAUAGAUUUUUCUACAUGUAUACAUUUUCAUACUUGGGUUUCACUCAAAAUGUAAAUUUCAGUUUUGCAGUAAAUUUCUGGUAAGGAGCCAUCUUGGAGAAUGAAUAGCCUCCAAAAUGGUAACUGUAAAAACUUUGGUCAGUGCUUUUUGUAUUUAAAACAGCCUACCACAUUAGAGAACUGUGUGGUGGUGUUUAUGUGGUUUUUGACAAUGAGCACACUUUGUGAAUAAUAUAACUCAUUUUAAUCAUAUUUAAAAACAUAGUAUUAAUGUCUAAUUUUCAUGUUUCCAUUUUAGAGAUGCAAACUGAUAUCGUUACCCUUCAGAACUGAAUCAGUCAUAACUAGGCUUGCCAUAUCUCAAAAAGUGAAAAUCUGGACACAAAAGGGUUUUUUGGAUAAAGCUGUUGAGCUUUCGGAGCUAUUUUUAGGGGAAAUCGCCAAAAUGACACAGCCGACAUGGGUUGCCAUACAUCCAUAUUUUCCUGGAUGUUUCAGUGAUUUCCACCUAGACACUGUUCCCAAUGGCCAGAUCCCAGCUAUGUCUGGGAAAUUCUGGAUGUAUGGCAACCCUACAUCAACGUUCUUUUGAUUGGUCUAGUCAUCUGCUUUUGGGGAAGACAUCCUAUACUAGACCAGUCAUGGUGCACAUCCAAACCUUAAAUUCUUAUUCCUGCUCUUAAUCUAUCCACUGGGUGAGUAUUGUUUACAAAUGCUUUGUCCAUUCCAAAGUCUGGCCUAAAAGCAACACACACUGCAAGCUGACUGUCAUGGUUGCCAUAUUUGGAGACAAGCUGAUCAGUUCAGCCUGUGUGUUCACUCCCAAUAAACGUAAGUGAAAUUUCUAGAGUGAGCCAUAGUAAUCUCUGGAAUAUGAGAUUCAUGCCAUGAACUGCUGAAAUCUGUGUGUAUGAAACAAAAACCUGAUCACCAUUGCCUUGUCCUCUGAUGUUUGCCAAUUACAAAGGUGAAUUUUAUUUCUAUGCCAAAUACUUUUUGUAAAACACCUGGGAGGAAAUUCAGAAACAACAAUUAUAUUUAUUUGAAGUCUCCAGUGUAGAGAUUCACUCCUGCUCUCUUACCUCCCAUGCCAUUUUACUAAAUAUAAUUGUUUUAAAGUUACUGAUUUUAUUUUAAUAUUUAUUUUCAGGUUUAUUUUAUUAUUUUUAAUGAAUAUUUUAGAUUGCCUUUAAGGAACCACUUAGAGAUCUUUUGCAUCCUAAAUAAUGAGGGUGUUAUAUUAGAAGUCACUAAUGCCUUUCAUAUUUUUUUAAAAAAAGGUCCCUUCCCUUCUACAACUAGAAAAAAAUGUAUUUAAUAAUACACAUUUUUUCAAUAUGAUUCACCCUAAAAUAAUAUAUUUCUGCAUGUUAUUUUCACCAAUAUAUGCAUUUUUUGGGUACUUUACCACAAUAUAUAAUUUUUUUUGCAUGCAUUACUUAAGAACUACAUUGCAAAAUUUGAAGAAGGAUGGAUUUUGAAGGAUGACCUGGGCCUUGGAGGACUAAGUCUUGAUUGAGUUUAUAAGUUUAUUCUAGCAAAACUCCCAUCCUGGACCUCAGACAAGCACUGCAUGGGCUGGAAGGAAGUUCCAUUGAACAAAGGGGAAUACAAUCCAGAGUAAACUGUCUGGGGUCGCACUGUACAUAUAUAUUUCUAUAUUGAAUCUAGUCCUCAUAAAGCGCGGCUUAUGAGUGGAGUGAUUUGAAAGGAGAAUCCACUUGUUAAGCUUUCAAUUAAAGCACAGUAGAUGAAUCAAUUCUACUGCAUGCUCUUUCUGUGUUCCAGUCCUGUCUGGUCCAGUGGUACCUUGGGUUACAAAUGCUUCAGGUUAUGCAUUUUCAGGUUGUGCACCGCGCCAAACCCAGAAGGACCAGAACGGCUUACUUCCGGGUUUCGGCACUCACGCAUGCGCAGAAGCGCUAAAUUGCGCUUUGCACAUACGCAGAAGUGCUGAAUUGCGACCCACGCGUGCGCAGACGCGGCGCUGCGGGUUGCGAACACUGCGGGUUGCGAACGUGCCUCCCACACGGAUCACGUUCGCAACCCGAGGUUCCACUGUAUUCAGUUUGUAUCAUUAUUCUACACCUUUCACAAUCUACUGUCAAUUAAACACUCUUGGGGGUUUCUUUGCAUUUUGUACUCACUUUUGCUUUGGUCUUUUGAAAGGCUGAGGUCCGGUUAAAUGUUAACUGAAACAGUGUUGCUGAAAUAGACCUCAGCUCUCUAUUUUAAUUAUAACAAAUAGCAGCAACUUAAAGAGUAAGCUGUUAUUCCCAGUUAGAACACUUGCCCAUCUAACUCAAGCCCUUAGCUCACCAGGUUUUCAGACAGAAGUCUUUUCUAGUCCUUCCUGCACCAGGGAUGGAACCCAGAACCUUUUUCAUAUGCCCUACCACUGAGCUCUACCACCCUCCUACAUUUUCCUUUUCUUUUUCUAAACUGUGGUUCUAGUAAAGGAACUCUUAAAAAGAAAAUGUGUCCCAUCAAAGAAAAUGGAUGCUUCCAUACCUCGAAUGGUGUGUGAUCCUUGAAUGAUCAUGGAUCUAAUAUGCAAAGUGAGGGAUCGGAUCACUAUUGUUGUCAUUCGCAUUGCCAACAUGAACUUUGCAAUACUCUGAAUGACACUAUUAUGGUUAUAAAUACAUAAACAGACUGAGCAGGAUUGAUGCCAUUUCUGAUUGGUUUAUGCCAAGUGGCCUCAUGACAGAUUGUGGCUGAAGGUCAUAAUAGUAUGAAAAGACACAAAACAUGGACAUGGAAAAGGAGACUUUUUAAAGCUCCGGAAAAACAAAGGCUUAUCGGAGCAGCUGCCUUAAUUUGAGUAGCAAUUAUUCCUCUCCUACUCUUCAAGCUUUCUUUCUGUUACUGAGGUGGUUUCAGCUUUGGACAAACAAGUGAAAUUUUGAUAAGUUAAUCAGUCACUGUAGAGGACUUUUUUCUCCCAAGCUAGAGUAUUUCACUUUUCCUAAGUUUGGGAGUUUGUUAGUCAAUUGUGAUAAAUCUCUCAGUUUCCUCCUGUGUUCUCUCUCUCUCUCUCUCUCUCUCUCUCUCUCUCUCUCUCUUUUUUUCUCUCUCUGCUCUUUGGAAUUUCAGCAUCCACUUGUAGAUUGUCAUCAUUUUGAGGAGAUUUAAAGCAGGUUUAUAAGGAACAGACUAGUGGUUCUAAAAUGGGUGAGUUACAAAGGGGGCCUGCCAGUAACACACUGUCUUCUCAUUCAGAACUAUCUCUGAAUUCUUAAACCAACUUUUAAUUUGUUUAUCACAUUUUAAUCCAACCCUUCCUUGAAGAAGCUUAGAUUGGGAUGUACGAGGCUUCCCUUACAUCAACUCUGUGAGGAGGUUAGACUGAGAGCUAGUGGCUUAACUGAGGAGGAGGAAAGGGACUGAACCUAGACCUACCUAGACCUACCAGCAUGUCAGACCAAAGACUAGACAGCCUGUUAUAUAAAGGACUCCUCAAAAUGAGGAGAGUGUCCCCUCCUGGCUAUGGGACACAUGGCCAGUUUAGCAGACCCCCAGAUGUUGCUGGACUCCAACUUCCUCAUCCCUGACAAUGCUGACUGGGACUGAUAACAAUGUGGGUUCAGCAUCUGGAGAGCUCUCAAGUUCCGCACCUCUGGUGUCUGGUUACUCACUAGUAAACGGAAAGCAUCUUCAGAGGUACUUUCUUUUGCUUCUGCUACUCCGAUUACAGAAUUCAGCAUUUGUCUCAAGGCUUAAUUUGAACAAGUUCUGUGAACCACCCUGAAACCUCCAGGUACAGGGCAGUAUAUAAAUUCAAUUAAUAAUAAUAAUAAUAAGCAGGGUUUAUUUUCAGUGCCAGUUCUGAGCCUUGAGGAAUUUUAACACAACACCUCCGAGCAUGAGCAGAGUGCUUUUUUCUCACCACUGACUAACCACAAGCCCACCAUACACACCAGGGAUUAAGUUAUUCCAAGUCAGAAGGUAUGACUUUAAGAGUUUUAUGCCCCAUCAUCUCCCAUUUUAUACAUUAAUGUUCCAUCUGAUACUUGAAACAGGCCCAGUUAAGUCUCAUUUUUAGACACCUGAGCAUAUAUACACAAUCAAUGAGCUCUUAGUAAGAAGAAUGGGUUGUAUCAAACCAAGUUCUGCUAAGAGGAGACCUGUUGAAAUGAAUGAACUGACAUGUAUAUUAACUUCAGUGGGACUAACUCUGAGUAGGACUAGUACUGGACUCAAAUGGGGUUUCACACAACCCCCUCACACAUAGAAAGCAGAUGUGAGGCAACCAUGGAGUUGUAUUAACUAGUCUCGCCUACCAUACAUUUGGCGGUGGGGAUCAUGAUUUAUCUUGGUUCCUCUUUGCAUGGAGGACCUCCACCUUGGCGUUUACAUUGGGCCAAUCGCAACAGCCACCAAACACAUUGCCAGCAGGGGUGUAGUCCAUCCUUAACGUGGCAUCUGAGCAUGCCUGGCACAGGGACCCCUUUUCUCAUCACCCCCUUGCCUGUAGUUUCACCACAUGGUUAUAUAAACCCCUUUCACAUGCCACCACUUCCUGAAUUUGCUCCCCUCUGCACUUUGUAAACAAUGUACUUUGCACAAAGUACUUUGCACAAAGACAAUUUCCACAGACAGACGUUUCGGUGAAAUAAACCAUUGAGUGACAAGCCUAAUCAUGUAUUCUCAUGGUGAGAAAACUCCUUGUUUGAACUGCCCAACAACUUCAUUUUAGAUCGAUUAAUAUCAAUGCCACUGUGAGAACAAAGUGGUCCUUUAUUUUAAUGCUCAUGCUCCUACUGCUUUUUUUUAUUUUUAUUUUUUUGCCUACUAUAAUUCACACUAGAUGGAUUAAUUCUCUGUGUUCCUUCUCACACCCUUAACAGAAGGCAGAAGGAAACAUCUCUCAUGACAUGACUUCAAAGCACUAUGAUUUUCUUCCUCACUUGCGAAAGGUGGUAUCUGUUUUUCUCUUUAUUAUGCAAUGUGACAGGUUAAUGUUGCACACUUGAUGUCUAGCUGAGAUGACAAAAGGUUUCCAGAUGGAUCUAACAAGCAAGUAAUUAUGGUUGAUGAAAUUAGCAAUGUUUGUUUGCCUUAUUCGCCCCAAAGUAGAGAGUCUAUAAGUUGUUUAUUUAAAGGUUACAUAUGAACAAAAAGUCUCAUAGCACCUUAAAAACUGACUCAUUUAUUAUGGUGUAAGCUUUUGUGGACUACAGUUCACUUCACUAGGUGCAUCUAUUAAAGUUUGUAUCUUGAUUAAUUUGUUUUAGUCUUUAAGAUGCUGCAAGUCCUUUUGCUGUUUUUGUUUUGUUUGUUUUUGUUUUGUUUUUCUGCAAAAGACUAACAUGGGGGUAGCUGUGUUAAUUUGUUGCAGCAAAAACAAAGAGUCUUGAAACACCCUACAUUUAUUAUGGCAUAACCUUUUGUGGACUGAAGUCAUCUGAUGAAAUGAACUCAUGAAAGCCGAUGCCGCAAUGAAUUUGUUAGUCCUGAAGGUGCCACAGGACUCUGUUUUAAUCAGCAAUUUGAACUUCUUAAGAGAACAUUUUAAUGUUCUCAAGAGGAAGUUCUGCUUUACUCACAAAGGCACAAAUAUUGUCCUUCCUGUAGUAGGUAUAUUUUGUGUUGGAGUCAGAUGGAAGGAUAUAGUGCCAACUUCUCCUAGCAGAAAUGACCCAGGUCUAAGAUGGUUUUCAAAGGGUCACUUCACAUACUAAUGUUCAUCACUUGGUCUUUAAGCAAUGGAUGAUUGUGUAAAAUGUCUUCAUUGAAAUAUAUUGCAAGGAGCCCCUGAAGGCAGAGUCCUUGAUCACCUUUGUCUCUGAAGUCACAGCCCCAAAUUAUGUCAGUCAGAUAGAUAGAUAGAUAGAUAGAGAAGGCAAUUGGCAAGUCCAGGGUUUUUCUGAAAGCCACUGUGCUUUCCUAGGCAAAACUCACAAUAGCCAUAGGAAAAACAAGUACUUUUAUUUACCGUACUUCGACAUCCUUCUCCAGAAUCACUAUGAUUGCAAUACCCAAAUUCACUGUGAUUAAAAAUCCAUCAAAACAAAGUAUCAGUUUUGCCAUCAAACGUAAUAUCCCCCACUCCUUGAUCCCCCUCCCCACUAGAGCACACGGUAUUUCCCUAGCCAAGUUGGCUUAGCUUUUAAAAAAACAAAUAAAUGCAGUGGUCUAUUUUAAAUCACAAAAUGCAUUUUGAUGGCACCCUAACUGGGCUCAGGUAUACAGGAUGGGCUUUUCUUCUGCAAGGCCCACUUAGCAAGGCAGGAUAUAUGGUACUUCUCUCACUCCUUGCCUGGGGAGCAAAUAAUGCACUGGCUGACAUGCCCAGUGGGUGAAAUGUGGCUACCCUCAUUUGCAAUCAUUGAUUCUCCUGCCCACAGUUAAUUAUUUGACUAAUUGACUUGUCUUGAGUCUUCUUUCUGCAUGUGGGAACAACAAUUUCUCAGUUCCUGCUGCCUCCUGAUUAGCUGCUGGAUAGCAUUAUCAUUUUGUAUCCAAGAUGGCUUCAACAGAGUCAUUUUCCUUUGGAGAACAAAGCACUGGAGACAUAGGGUGGGAUCCAACAAAAUAGACUAGCAGUGACUAGCAGGAUCCAACGAAACAGUGACUUGUAGUUGUGCAAUGUAGUUUGCUCACCUUUCUACAGCUUGAGCACUCUCUAAAUCUGCUCCAGGGGUUCCCCCAACCCUCUACAGCCGAUCGGGGGCAGGGGGCACACAGAGAGAGGAGAGCGCAAGGAAGUUACAUUGUGCAGCUAAAAGUUAUUGUUCUCAUGUAACUGUUUAGUUGCAUGCCACUUUUACAGUUCAUUUAGAAUAUUGCUGAUUGAGAAAGAGUGAUACGGAAAGCUGUUCCCAAACAAAUCGUCAGUGCAGGCUUUAUAUUUGAGAAAGCCUAGCUUAAACGCCAACUGCUUCCAUAAAGGUGCAGAGUACGUCAUUCUCCUUCGCUCCCUUCUGUACACUGUGAGGUUUGCCGCUGAGAAUCUCAAGCGGGUAGAUGGAACAGGGAGCCAAAGUUCAUGGGCUCUCUGGGAGACAAAGACUGCCAAGCAGUAAGAGGUCGCUGGCCUUUAGCCAGGGUUAAACAAACAGUGAGUAUAAAUAGAGAAAUAAUUCACUACUAAUUUGCAACAUUCUAUACCACUCCUGGGCAACGAGAUCAUUUUCUACCAUAGAGAUGAAAUAGUCACCAAUUCUUUCUUUUGAUGCUUUUGCUGAAUGUUGAAUUAAUGUCCUGCAAAAACAGUGUAGUACGCAUUGAGGAUCUUUUAUACUCCAGGGGUCUUAUACUCCAUGGCUGCUAGUAUUGCAGUUUUUAGAGGCUUCUGGGAGUUAACUUGGAAGAAGAUCAGAGUCCUGUCUAAGCUGUUACCCAAAUAUUGUAUGAUGUGCGUAUGACAAAUAUGUGCUGUAUCAUAUUAAUUGCCUAAUUUGUCAUUACGGUGAUCUGAGAGCUAGUGUUAUGAGUCAAGGAAACCCAAGUGCCUUAUCAGCCAUGAAGUGUAUUGUUUUUAAUGCAAUAUACCUAUUUAUAUAAUGCUUUUCAAACAAAUACAAUUUUAAAAUAAGCCAUGCUGGUGAACACAUGUAAGAUGUCACUGUGAGCUGCAGCAGUGCAUCAUCAGGGUUGCACCUCAAAGGAGAUAGGACCAUGUGCAUUCAGCACAUUUUCUUCUUUCAGAUUCUUCUCCCACCACCACCAUUGUGUGCACAGUAUGGGACUGGGCCACCAGGAACUGGAAUGAUGGAGCUACUGCCAUUAUCCUUCACAGUCAUCUGCAUUCACCUGGUGCCAUCACUUUUUAUUCAUAUGUACUGUAAAGGUAAAGUAAAGGACCCCUGGAUGGUUAAGUCCAGUCAAAGGCGACUAUGGGGUUGUGACACUCAUCUCUAUUUCAGGCUGAGGGAGCCGGCGUUUGUCCACAGACAGCUUUCCAGGUCGUGUGGCCAGCAUGACUAAACUGCUACUGGUGCAACGGAACACUGUGACGGAAGCCAGAACACACAUAAAUGCCGUUUAACUUCCUGCCACAGUACCUAUUUAUCUACUUCCACUGGUGUGCUUUCGAACUGCUAGGUUGGCAGGAGCUGGGACAGAGCAACGGGGGCUCACCCUGUCACGGGAAUUUGAACCGCCGACCUUCCAAUCGGAAAGCCCAAGAGGUUCAGUGGUUUAGACCACAGUGCCACCCACGUCCCCAUCCAUAUGUAAUACCAGUAUGGGUUCACUUUAUGAGGCUAGGAAGUAGAACUGCAGGCACGAGGUUACAGGAUCAGCAUUGGCUAAUCCAACUUCCUGCUAGUGCAUGAAAUCUAUUACAGUAUUACAGCAUCCACCCAGUUCUAUUUGCCUUGACCAUGUCUAGGGUUGGAAGAUAAAAGAGGACAUGAAAGCUCUUGAAGCUUGGAAAGCAAUCUUUAUAUGGCACCUGUAAACUUUUGAAUAGCCCCAUUGCUGUAAAAAAUAAAUAAAACAAUAGCACAAACUGCUCUCUUUAUGUUAAGCAUAUAGAAAAAAAGAGUACCACCAUAUUUCUGUUAGUCUGGUUGCAUGCAAAGAAGGGGGAAAUACGAUGCGGAUGUUAUUCCUCUGAUUCAUGCAAUUGACACAGUUGAGUUUGAAGUAAAUAAAAGCAGCAAUUAAAUGUAAUUUCUUCUUUCUUUCUUUCUUCCUUCCUUCCUUUCUUUUUCUUUCUUAAUACCAUCCCUUGCUUUCCAGUCCCCCUGAUCUGAUUAAACAUACCAUUAGCUCAUAAUUCUGCCUAUACAGAUUCACUCUUUCGCUUGCCAUAUUUACAUAGAGUAACACUAUCUGCAAGUUAUGUCAUUCACCCAUUUAUGUAACCACUGGACUGACAUAAGAAGUAACAAUGGCUGGCACAGAAUUCAAGGAGCUCAGAAAGACUAACCUUCCACUUCCUUGCAACACAUCAUCGAAAGAAACCUGCAAGCAAACAAAACUACAGAGACACAAAAACAUACAGAAACAUCUUUCUCUCAAAGCACACAUGCACACUACAGUUAUUCCCACAACUCAUUUUCUCAUAUACAUCGGGUAGCUUGAUCAUAUGCAUGUUUAUUCAAAAAUAAGGUGAGGAAUGGGUAACAAAAAAAUGUUUAGCAUGGAGAAGACAAAGAGGUGAUACAAGAGUCAUCUUCAAAUUUCUGAAGGGCUGUCACAAGCUUUUUUUCCCUGCUGAACCAGUGGAUUAAUUUACAAGAAAGGAGACUCCAAGUAAACAUUAGGCAGAACUUUCUGAUGGUAAGAGCUGUUGAACACUGAAAUGGGCUACCUCAGAAUGGGCUCCCUAUCCUUCAUUUGAGGUUUUUAAAGAGUUUGGAUAGCCAUCUGCCAGGACAUCUUUAGCUGUGAUUCCUGCAUUGCAGAGAGUGACUCAUUGGGUCCCUUCCAACUCUACAAUUCUAUGGUUCUAUGGCUCAUGGUCAUGAUGGCCUUUGGUCGGAUCCCACAGGGCUCUUCUUAUAUUAAUAGGAGUUAGUAAAGGUAAAGGGACCCCUGACCAUUAAGUCCAGUCGUGGACGACUCUGGGGUUGCGGCGCUCAUCUCGCUUUACUGGCCGAGGGAGCCGGCGUACAGCAUGACUAAGCCACUUCUGGUGAACCACAGUAGCGCAUGGAAACGCCGUUUACCUUCCCGCCAGAACAGUACCUAUUUAUCUACUUGCACUUUGACGUGCUUUCGAACUGCUAGGUUGGCAGGAGCAUGGACCGAGCAACAGGAGCUCACCCCAUCGCGGGGAUUUGAACUGCCGACCUUCUGAUCGGCAAGCCCUGGGCUCUGUGGUUUAACCCACAGUGCCACCUGCAUCCCAUAGGAGUUACUCCCCAGUAAAUUAAGGGUGAGCCCACAAACCUCCCUUUGCUCAUGCCCCCAACACACAGCUGCCCCCUAUGGCAGGAGGACGGCAUCACUGAGCAUCCCUAGAGAAUGCAGUGCCAUAGGAAGGAAUGGGCUUGCGACAAGCCACUGCUUAGACGCAGGCAUGGCCAAACUUGGCCCUUCAGCUCUUUUCGGACUACAACUCCCAUCAUCCCUAGCUAACAGGACCAGUGGUCAGGGAUGAUGAGAAUUGUAGUCCUCAAACAGCUGGAGGGCCAAGUUUGGCCAUGCCUGGUUAGAGCAACAGCCAGAGGCAGGAGCCUUUGAGAGGUUGGCCCCACUUCUUGUGCUGACACAGCAACACUCAUCCCCGUGAAAACCAAGUGGAGGUUCAAAAGAGCAGUCACCUCUGUAUAUAUUAGCCUGCCCUCCCACACUGGGUGGCAGGGAAUAUUGGUCCUUUAGUGGAUCAGCUAGCAAGUGAUUGUGAUGAGGAACAGCUGCUGCUUCCAUAUGAUCAUUCACCAUCUCCAUCUGGAUGACACUGCUCCUUGCAGAUGGAGCUGCAGUGGAAGGGAUGCUCAGACGGGAAAGCAAGCAGCAGAGGCUGCAGGAAGCAGCUGGGGUUUCCUGCUCCUUCUGCAUUAGAGAACUGGUUGUUAGGUAGCAGAGAGGGAGGAAAGAUGGGAAGCAUUAACUGCUUCCACCACUCACUGUUCUCUGUGUUGUUUCACAACUCCCAUCUGCCCUGGCCAGAACGACUUGAGAUGAUGGCCAGGGCAGACUUAACACAAACUGGAGAGUGGGAGGUUGGAGAAGACUGCUCUUGCAGGUAGGCUCCCUGACAAAUAUAUGAGGCCAGUGCUUUUCUCUGGGGGGGACGGGACACAGGGGUGCACAUACUCCUAAACAUUUUGUGAAUCUUUUGUCCAUUUACUGUAUUUAUUUUUCCCAAUUUUCUUGAGUCAAAAUGCGAGUGGCCCUAAACAUAUUUUUUUUAAAGGCACUGUAUGAGGCAACCAACACACACUGCACAAAACUGGGUCCUCACAGCCUGUCAUUCAGUGUGAAGCAACCAGGCCAAGUCACAGACCAAAAAACUGAGUGAUUCCCAAGCCUGGUGUGGUUUAUUUUAGGUGAGUGUUUCUGUAUAUGUCUGUUUGUCUAUACUUUUUUUUUUUAGUUAACUUUCCAAACAUUUCUGUUGUUUUCUGUAAAUCGGGGGGGGGGGGGUUUGAUAACUUAAUACAAAUAACAUGUUAAAUACUGAGAAUCCGAGGAAACAGCAGGUUGGCCCACUCUGUGAAUGAAGUGCCAGGUGGCCUCGCCCUCAAUUCGAGCACAGGCUUGAGCCCACUUCCCCUCAUGCCGCCGCCCCAAAGCCGGGCGAGAGGGGGCGCCAAGCCCCUUGCACGGAGCGGGAGCAGCCGCUGGCCGCGCUCAAGAGGGACCCCCGCGACCGGUUCUGGUGUUUUUUUUCCUCGGAGAGACGCAGCCGGGACAGUGGCAACGGGCCCGGGCUGCUCUUUGCGGCGCCGGCGCUCUGCUCCGAGGCUUCCCUCAGCCUCCCUUGCUGGCUCUGGCCAGGGAGGGUCGUCCGCCCCGCGGUGGAGGAGCGGCGAGGAGGAGGAAAGGGCGCCGCAAGGACACUUGGCCGGCAGCGGCUGGAGAAGCGCCUCCCGCAGCCCCGAGACCUCGCUCGUCCCUUCGAGCCGCAGCUUCGGAGGGCGCCUUCGUAAGGGGCAAGGAAAGUGUUCUCUGCGGGCUCCGGCGCCUUCCCUGGCGAGGGGAAUCCCCACCAGCUCGGCUCGGCGCCCGGCGCCUGACCCCCAGCCCAGCCCGCGGCUUCCCCUCCGCCGGGACCCUUGGCGGCUCUGGCCCUUUCGCGCUAUGUUGAGCUCCUCUUGUGAUCUCCGGAGGAGCGGCCGCGGGCGCCUCGGCUCGCCAUUGGCUGCCCGGCGCCUGACGUCGAGGCUGUGGGGAGGCGUCGCGGGCGCGGGCCGCCGGAGGAUCGCUCCCAAACAUGCUGAAAGCCCCCGAGCAAGUGGCGGCGCUUGCAGCAGCUGCGGGAAGUCGAUCGCCGCCGCCGCCGCUCCUCGGGCGCUUGCGAGAGGGCAGGUCCUCUUUUCGCCUUCAUGCCUCCGGCCGGGCUGCCCUGACGUGAGCCUCACUUGGACAGCCAUGGGCGAUGGAUGGGGCUUCCUGGAGAACAGCGCUCACAACAGGUCCAACGCCUCCAGCGACAGCAACGGGAGCGACGCCUCCGGCGACAGCAGGCAGCUGGCCCCCCAGGAGCUGUCCCAGCAGUGGGUGGUGGGCAUGAGCCUGCUGAUGUCCUUGAUGGUGGUGUUCAUCGUGGUGGGCAACGGGCUGGUGAUCGCGGCCAUCGGGCGGACGCAGCGGCUGCAGACCCUCACCAAUGUCUUCAUCACCUCCCUGGCUUGCGCCGACUUGGUCAUGGGCUCCGUGGUGGUGCCCUUUGGGGCCACGCUGGUGGUGCGCGACUCGUGGCUGUGGGGCUCCUUCUUGUGCGAGUGCUGGACUUCGGUGGACGUCCUGUGUGUGACGGCCAGCAUCGAGACCCUGUGCGUCAUCGCCAUUGACCGCUACCUGGCCAUUAUCUCGCCCUUCCACUACCAGAGCCUCAUGACGAAGAGACGGGCCAAGAUCAUUGUCUGCGUCGUUUGGGCAAUUUCCGCGUUGGUGUCCUUCUUGCCCAUUAUGAUGCAUUGGUGGAGAGACACGGGCCAUGAUGCUAUGGAGUGCUACGAAAACCCCAGCUGCUGCGACUUCGUCACCAACAGGGCCUAUGCCAUCGCCUCCUCCGUCAUCUCCUUCUACAUCCCCCUCUUUGUUAUGAUUUUUGUCUACCUGAGGGUCUACAGAGAAGCGAAAGAGCAGAUGAAGAAAAUUGACAAGUGCGAGGGCAGGUUCUACAACAGUCACCAGCAGCAACAUCAGCCUGUCCACCAGGACCUGCCGAUUUUGGGCAAUGGUCAAGCCAAUAGAAGGAAAACCUCCCGCAUUUUGGCUGUAAGGGAACAGAAGGCCCUCAAGACUUUGGGCAUCAUCAUGGGAGUCUUUACUCUCUGCUGGUUACCCUUCUUCUUGGUCAACGUGGUCAAAGUUUUCAACAGAGGCCUCGUACCCGACCAGCUCUUUGUCUUCUUCAACUGGCUGGGCUAUGCCAACUCUGCCUUUAAUCCCAUCAUCUAUUGCAGGAGCCCCGAUUUCCGCAAAGCCUUCAAGAGGCUGCUGUGCUGCCCUAGGAAAGCCGACCGAAGGCUGCAUGCUACCACUACGGAGCUCUCUCGUUACCCUGGGGGCUUCAUCAGUACUCUGGGUAACAGCCCUCCAUGCACUCUGGGAGGGACAUGGUCUGCUUACAAUGGUGGGACGCAGGAUGGAAGUGACUCCAGCUUAGAGGACAGGAACAGUAAAACCUCCUAUUCAGAAUCCAAGGUAUAAGGGCAGAUGGUGGGGAGCAUCAAAGCCAUGGAUUAGGUGGGCACACUGCAGUUCAAGAAGGGGAACCAAAGAAACAGGCAAGGGAAGAAAACACCCCCACCAGGGGACUGGCUAAUAUACAAACACCAGACUGAGCUGUCUCACUUGCAGGGGGGCGAGGCGGGGGGGGGGGGAGAGAUUUUAUUUACUUAAGGUGAAAAGCAGGUGAAUGUGUAUGCAUCGGACCACUUCUGACUCAUCAGAAACCGAAGCAAACAGAGAGCAACUGACCAUUGAACAAAAGAGAUAAACGGCCCAUUUCCCCAAGCUAUUUGGAUUAUUAUUAUUAAGGAUAAUAAUAUUUGCAUGGAGGGGCUGUUGGUGAGCCAGGAAGAGGGCAGAAAUAAGUUGGAAGGACUUUGCACAAGAAGUGUUUCAGGAAGAGCUGAAGUCGUGGCAGGCACUUAGCCUGACAGGCAUUGAAAAGGGCGGGGGAUUCUUCUCCUGAUAUUGAGGGAAACAGGAUCAAGCCCUUGUUGGCUUGACCGCAGAGCUACAUAGAGCGUUUUUUUCGUUGUUUGUACUAAUCCCAGGCAUUCAGUAGCAGAAAAAGUAGCCUGGUUAUUUAUUUAUUUUUUAAAAAAGAAGUGCUGGUCACCCAGUGCAAAUUUCAGGCACUCAGCACCUUUGCAAACCGUGCUAAAAGUCUCUUUAAUAAGCCAUUGAAAAACUAUUCCUGUGAGUUUUACCAUGCAGUCUGAUCCUAUGAGUUUGAUGGAACUUACUUGCAAGUAAGUGUGUGUUAGCUUGUAGCCUUAAUAACUUAGUGGCCACACUCUUCUUAAACAUCUAGAAGGUAAAGAUACACCAGUAAUAUUGUUCAUUGUCAUGUUUGUGUUCUGAACAAAUCUCUCCUGUUUUUGAUUUUUUUCAUCCCAUUGACUUUCUGGGGUGUGUGUGUGCAAUUUUCUUGUCCUAUGAGACAACAGCAAUCAGGCUAUAAAACGUCUACCUCAAGCUGUGCAUAUUGUACAGAAAACAAAUGUGUUUAUAUUAAACAGCUUAUUUAUGUAUCAUUAGUUAGGGUUUUGUCUUUGUUUUAUAUAUAUAGAGAGAGAGAGGCAGGAGCAUUGAUCCUCUGUAGACAAUUUGUUCACAUUGAAAAUUUAAGGGGGGGGGAAUUGGCUGGGGGAACCAGAAAUAUUACUGCACAUUUGAAAAGAAUGAGAGAGGUUUUUCUUUUGCACAGUGUUAGCAAUUGUAGUUUGAUGCAUGCUCUCUGUCUCUUACACACACACAUACACACGCGCACACAGACACGCAGAGAGAGAGAGAGAGAGAGAGAGAGAGAGAGAGAUCCACUGGAAAACAAAGAAGGGUGUUGUUGUUUUUAAAAAGCAUCAAAUCCCAUCCUGAUAUUUGUUGUUGUCUGAUAUGUUGUCAUUUUAUUAAAAAAAAGUGUUUUAUAUUAUUUAAUGGAGGUACUGUAAGUGUAUUCAUACUAUAAAAGAAUCUGUUCUAAGAGAUUUUAUAAGUUAUAUUUUUUAUUCCCAAGAGUCCAUGUGAACCUGUUGAGACUUCAACACUUCAUUGUCAUUUCCCAUUUUUUGUUUGUGUGUGUGUGUGUGUGUGUGUGUGUGUGUGUGUGUGCUCGUGCAUGUGUGAGUGUGUAUGCAUUUUAUAAUGUAUUUAUAUACUCUGGUGCAGUUUACUACUGUAUAAGUCAUCGGUCUAUGUGCAAUAAAUGCCACUGCAGCACAAGC